GGAUUGGAUCCCACACAUUCAGGAGCGGUUUUGCAAGGCCUAAAAACGGAAACACUGCCUGUCAAGAAGCUAAAUUUAUUUGAUCUCAAUUGAGUCAGAAGCUGUUUGGAGCCUGUGAAGUAAAUGUAAUCUGAUGAAGACUUCCAUGCUUUCAUCAAGCUUUUACAUUUCUUCCUCAGUUUCUCAAUUUUGCCUCAAAAAUAGAGGUAAAAUUGACACAGGGCUAACAGAGGCAUAAAAUAGAGCUGAAGUACACGCUGAGGAACCUGAGGUGUCUGGGAGGAACCCCCAUGUUCAUGAGGCCAUUACAAAACAACAACAACAACAACAAAGUGCACACUGGGAAUAUCCUGUUUACUUUUCUGCCCCAGUGAAAGUGCAUGGGAAACUCCUGUCAUGUUUAUGUGACUGGGAUGCAAACCUCUCUUGCUGAGGGCGGAUGGAGGCAGCAGAGGUGGAGGCAGCUACCUGAGGGCCUCAGCAGAGCAAAGGUACGUGAGGGGAGUGAAAUUGCACCGCAGGAGAAGGAAGAACCAUAAGGAAACAACACUUAAGGUCAGAGGGAUACUGACAGAAAGAGAGGUAGAAACAAAGCAGAGGAUUAGACAAAUUCAUGCAGGGUAGUCCUAUCAGGGGCUACAGGCCAUGAUGGCUAUCUCCUACCUUCACUGUUGGAGGCAGCAUGCUUCCAGUCGCUGGAAACCAUGGGACGGGAGAGGGCUCUUGAGAAGGUCCUGGUUGCCAGUUUCUCACAGGCAUCUGGUUGGCCUGCAGGCUCUUCUUAUGUACUUAAAUAAACUAGGCCUACUGAGGAGCCAGUGUGUGUGGAGAGUGGGUAAGAAGAUGGACAACCUUUUAUUUUAUUUAACACACACACCCCUUCCCUAUACAGAAUUGCCUUCAGAUGGCUCGGGGGUCAGGUAACUCCAUAUGCUCCAACAUUUCUCCAAUGAAAAUAGGGACAUCCUAAAGAAAAGUGGGACAUUCCAGGAUCAAAUCAGAAACCGGGAUGGCUCCUCUAAAUCAGGGACAUCCCUGGAUGAUAAACAGAAAGCUGCCAAUGGCUGGGGAAAAUAUCAGUUGUUAAUAAAGACACACUCUGGAGUGCUGGAUUUUGCCCAUUGUUUCAAGCUAGGGUGGUUAGUCCUUUUGACUUUGGGUGGUGUAACUUUUCAUUCUGUGAAUUAAGCCUUGAAAUUCAUGCUCAUUGAUGGGGCAUUUAAUAGGGGCAUAUAUUUGAUUGAAUUAAGAUACGAAUCAUAGAGGGGGAAACAGGCUCAAUGCUGAGGUAUAUCAGUGAAUGCUAUCUUCAGUUGCAUUAAUUCCCAACAUUUGUAUUUCAAUAAACUUCCAUUUGUUUCAGUGAGGGGAAUAAAAUACAGAUCUUGCUAGUUAGCUGUAUGGUAAUUAAUGACUCCAUACAAUCAGCAGAGCAGCAGGUAGAGCAAAUUUGGAAGCAUGAGACCAGUGCACAAACCUUUAGCCUUUCCAGUGGCCUUCCACCCAUCUUGAUUGAGGCUCCUAAAAUUUAAGGAUUCCAUCAGUGAACUUGUUUGGAAAGAAUACAGGGAGAUUUCCAAAAUCUUUAUGCAUCCAGCAGCUUUCAUCAUGUCACUAAGGAUUAAAAAUGCAAGGGAUUUCAGUGCACUAAGUAAAUGGGAGCAUGUUACAAUAUACAACAACCGGAGAUCUAAAGGGAAGUCCUGUGGAAUAAUCCAAACCAGGUGCAAAUAAUGACAAGGUAUUCCCGCCCCCCACCCAGUAAUGAUUUUCACACAAAGUGACAGGAGACACCACAAGUGGGGGCAAUUCUACGAUUUUCUUUUUAAAAACUUCACAUAUGGUCUUCACAUAAGUAAUCAGAGACAAUCCUGAGAAAGCAAUGUGGCUCAUUGGUUCCAAUGGAUAAAUUUAAAAAUGUAUAUAACAUGAGCAUGCAUACAUCUGGCAAGAUCAUGCCCAAGGUCAUUGUGUUCAGGUAUCAAAAGGUGCCUAGACAGGUCAGAAAUGUCAUACAACCUGUUCAGCAGCUUUAGGCUUACUGGCUUGGAUCAGUAAACAAUAGGGUUGCCAUAAUUUCUUUCAGUCUUAAGUUCAGUUCUCUACAUUUCCAAAUCAGUUUGUGAUUUAUGUUUUUUAAGUCCUCAUGAAAAUUCACCAGCAUUUUGGUGUGGUACGUGUUUACUGAGAUACAUGUUACACUUCAACCUAAACAGAACAAUUCCCCCCUCUAUUAUUAUGCAUUGUGUAUGUUAUUUUCACUAAUAAAUAUAUUUUUAUGCACAUCCUACCCCAGGACAUGCAUUUUGUAUGCAUUAUUUGGCCGGAGAACUGCACUGUAAAAUUCAUUGAAUUUCAGGUUUCAAAGGAUGACUGUGUUUUGGUUCACCUAGUGCUUUGGAAAGGUAAGUUUUACCUUUAAAUGCUGAUUGAAUCAAAUUGUUCCCCCAUCCCUAGCUGUUAGUCUUGGUCCACAGCUUAUCUGUCCCUCUCUUACCUCUUCUGGAACCUGGAAGGUAAGGGGACAGGUUUGUUUCACAGUCUCAGGGCCAAGCCUUGGAUGUCCAGAAGCAGCCUCAAGGACCAGUAAACAUUAUGCAUCAAACUGGAAACACCAAAGCAUGAGAGGUAAAAUUUGUCAAAGCAAAUCUGCCCGAAAACUAAUUCUCACUAGUGUAAAUAGAAAUGGAUUGAGAGCAUGGAAGCAAGCAGAGGAAGGAUAUUUCUCAUGUUGUAAAUAUUGGAAAGAAAGUGUUGCUAUUGUCCAGUGUAUUUUGCAAAGAUGGUUAUGGGACUGAGAACUGAAGGAAAACAUUUAAGUGCACCAUGUUGAUGGAUAUUAUAGCUGAAUAACCAGGCAGCAUUUCUGUGGACUGGCAAGUAUCCAAACAUGUCCCAAGACUCCUCAGAUUAGCAGUAAGCACUCAUACACAUCUUGGAGUGACAUUAGUUUAAAUGACAACAGGAAAUACAUUAGAUAGAUGAGAAUCCUUGAACUUUAGCAUCACCUGGGAAUGUAUAUAAAGCAGCAAAUUAUUUGAGAGGCUGAUAGAAAGCAUGGCUGUUGGAUCAUUCAGUGAGCUGGGAGGAUUUCCUGAAGAAGCAACAUGAGAAAUAUAGCGUACCAGCACCAGUUUAUCAACCCCAUACGCUGUGGGGUGGAUGUCAAAUGCUGGAAAAACUGUCUGCGGACAAACGUCAGCUCCCUCGGCCAGUAAAGCGAGAUGAGCGCCGCAACCCCAGAGUCGUUCGUGAUUGGACUUCUGUCAGGGGUCCUUUACCUUUUUAUUCUUUAAAGCAUUCCAUAAAGAAACUUAUAAGUUCUUGUUGAAUCCCACAUAUAAUUGUAUAUCCCAUAUAUGAAUCCCAUAUAUAAUUGUAAUUCAUUCAGUGAAGACUUGCCAACUCAUAGCACAGCAAAUAUAAUGUAAAUAUAACGUGAAAAGAGAAAAAGGCUCCUUUUCCCUUACGUAGCAUUCCAAUUACGAUGAGAGUCCUCUCCAGAUCAAAACCUUGGCACUCAGUGGCUGAUUCAUUUAGCAGGUUAUCUUUCUCCUUCAUCCAGAACAUGUCUGUUUCUUAAGUCCAAAUUCAGAUCCUUCUUAAAAGAAACAGAAGUACCUCUGCUCAUGGCGACCGCAUUGGGGAGUUUCCAAUAUUUACAGUGCUAUGUACUCUGUAGCCUCCGCUUUCCAUCGGAACAAGAGGUAGUUAUCGAACGAUCCAUAAGUGAAAGUUGUAAGGAUAAUUACUCCCAGAUUAUCCUUAAUUAACUGCAUGGCUGGCAUCCGCUAUCGUGGGAUCUGCUGUUGGCAGCACUGGAAGUCCUCUCAUUGGGGGACUUUGGGCCAGUGAUCCCGGGAGCAUGCAGGUAUUAAAUUGUGUCCCUCCAACCGUACCAGUAGGCAACCCAUUUCAGCAAAAAAUAUAUGAUGAUAAUAGGAGGGGAAAUGUCCUAGUGUGGAUCUGAACCAAUGAUUCCAUGAUCAGAUGUGUUUGUGCAUUAUUAGAAUGGAGCUUUAGCAUUGGCCACUGCCUUUACUUGCUUCUGUGCAUUUCUUGCAUAUUAGAGCCACAUGGGACUCUACCUCAGUCUUCAUGGAUUGGCUGCUUCCAUGUCCAUGUGGCAUGUGGGCUUCAUUGCUGGUCCAACCACUGAUUGGUGGGCUGCAACAGUGUCUCCAGGGAUGCUGGGGACAUAACAUUUUCUGUAUUUUCUAUUUUUCAUUUUCCCACCUGGGCUGAGCACACAGUGGAUACGGUGACCAUCCCACAAGUGUAGUGACAGCGUAACUCCAGACCCAAAGGAAUGUGAGUAGAGGAUUGCUGUGCCCAUAGAGAAGCUGAGCAGGGCUGCGGCAGACUCUUAGUGAAGACCCAUGACCUUCCGACUUCAAUUGAAGCCGGUAGAUGAGUUCAUUGUGCAGGUAUUUACACACGUAUCCAUGCAAUCCCCCUGCCCAGUGGCAAUACACACAGAGAUCCUCCAGUAGGAAGAUAUACAUUAUUAUACAUUUUACAUUUUUAAUAUUUUAACAUUUAACAUUUAUCAACCCAUUGCAGUUGGUUAACAUUCUUUAAAUGAGUUAUAUUUCCAAAAGAUGUUGUUGAUAGGUAAUCUUCUCGUGAAGAGAAGCCAAGGCAAUCAAGAAGAGGAGGGGAUGGGGUAGAACCUCAAGUAUCCAGACUCUAGGCCAGCUGCUUUGCUUCUUUUUCUUACCCUGUGAAAAGUUUGAAAUUGUUUAAAUAGUUGUCCCCCCCCCGCCACCCCCUUGCCAUCCUUGCAUUCAAGCCCAUGUCAAAAGUUCACUGUGUAAUUAUGAUGCCAAGAGGUGAAUAAUAGUUGAAAUUCCUUGUAUCAGACUACCCUGCCACAGGAUCUGAGUGAAUCCUGUUGACUUCAAUUACUGCCCAGGAAAGAGGAUGGGUCUUCGAAGGGAAGCACACAUUCUUCUAAGCUCUUCAGGCAAAAGAAAUUAUUCAAGAGGCAACGGCACCCCCAAACAAGCAGCUGCAGCUCACACUUGACAUAUGCGGGUCAUACCCAGUAGUGACAAAUGUUGGUGUAAAGUUACUGAUGAUUUGCACACCGGCUGGGAAGCAUGUAAUUUAGCCCGCCGUGGUAAUUUAGGAAGUCAUAAACUGGUGGUGUUUGAAUAGGGCAGAUGAGUGGAGUGACGGGGUGUCGUAGAUUAGGGUAGCCCACUGAAUGCAAGACAGGAAAACAACCAGUCAUGAAAGUGAGAGGGUACAGUUUGGUAGGGACAGUGCAGUACUUUUUUUCUGGGGGGACGCAGGGGGACGCAUACCCCUAAACAUUUUGUGAAUCUAAGUUUGGCCUCAUUGAGGGACAGUAUUUCAAUUAUGAGUAGGAAAAUGAAUGUGUCCCUAAACAUUUUUUGGGGGGGUGGGGGGGAGCACAGGGACAGUGUAUCCACAUAUGGAUUAAAGAUUAUGUGUGUCACAGGAACCUGGCAGGAUGAGAGAGUGGCUACAAGCUUGAAAAGUCUCUGGGAAGUUUUCACACUGUUCUCAGAAUGCUGGCAAGGGAUAUGGUGGGGGAAAUGCUUUCUUUUUAAAAAGAGAGAUGCUGUGACUUGGGCCUGGAUGGAAGCCAUGCCAUCUGUCUUGGAAUAUAUUAAUUCUAUGUCUAAAAGGGGCUGGACUGCAGUUGCUAAGGGCAGAAGGAAAAGGGUAUCAAUCUACGCUACUUUUCUUUAUUCCUUUGCUUCAGUCUUUCUAGACAAAGAUGACAAGGAGUGAUGCUGAAUUCCUUAGUGAGAGGAGUAUGUGUGGGUGUGUAAAACCCACAACAUCAGUAAUGUUCAGAGGAGGUUCUAUGCACUCUACUUAACACCACUGAAAGUAGUGUCAGUAACUUUUACUUUUUACUGAAUCUAUCGAAAAUGUAACAGGUUUUUUUUAUACUAGAAGCCUAUUUUGGCAUUACGUCGCAUAAAUAAUAAAAACCAUCACCCUCAUCAUCAUCAUCAUCAUCAUCGAAUUGUAGCGUUGGAAGGGACCACGAGGGUCAUCUAGUCCAACCCCUCAAUGCAGGAUCUUUUUGCCCAACAUGAGGCUCGAACCCAUGAUCCUGAGAUUAAGAGUCUCAUGCUCUACUGACUGAGCUAUCCCAGGGAUAUUAUAUUGCACAUCUUUUUUCAGAGCAAGUUAUUUUUACUUUUAUUGCAUCCCAACUCUGGAUAGAAAUAUGAACUGUUUAACAAAAACAAAUGCAGGUAAGGUACUCCGUUACCUGUCCACAAAUGUGUUAACUGUCUUUACCAUUGAGCUAAAUGACCCUUGUGGGGCCUUCCAACCCCUUAUUAUUAUUAUACUCUACAGCAGGCGUGAAGAACCUGUGGCCCUCCAGAUGUUGUUGGACUACAGCUCCCAUGAUUCCUGACCACUGGUACCAGGAGGUACCACUGUAUUUUGCACUCCCUUGGCUCAGUGCCCUGGGGGGGGGGAGCCAUUUGUACCACCCUAAAUCCAUAGCUGUCAACCUUCCCUUUUUUGUGGGAAAUUCCCUUAUUCCAGUGCCGUUUCCCGCUGCUUCCCGCUGCUAUCUCGGAUUGUUAGAUAUCCCAUAGACUGUCCCCAGGACAGGUGAGGCUGCUGAUCCCUUAUUUUCGAGGCUGCUGAUCCCUUUUUUCAAAUCUGAAAGUUGACAGCUAUACCUAAAUCUGGCGCUGGAAAGUUAGGGUGGGGAGAAGGGCUGCCUUUUAUUUUGCACAUAAUUACCUGUGUAAAGCAAAAGGCAUUAUUUCCAUCAACUACCAGAGCUGGAUUGGUUGGGAGGCUGUGGAAAUGCCAAUGGUGUGUUUUGUUUUAUGUGCCUGCAAUAGCCUGGGCAUUUGUGUGAGAAAGUGUAUGUAUGAGUGUGUGAGAGAGAGCAGUGAAAGAGAGGGAGAGAGUGCUUUGUGCCUGAAAGUCUGUUGUGUGCGCGUGCACUAUUUAUGUGGUGAAUGUGCAUGUAUGGUGAGCGUAGGUGUAUAUGGUCUGCAAAUGGAGUGUGCAUUUAUGUCUAUGCAUAUGUACAUGCAUUGGCCACACUCACUGCUGGCAUGCAGCCAUUGGAGGGGUGGCUGACCAUCAAUGCGGCUCUCAAGCCGAGAAAUGUUAGCCACCCCGAUCUACAAUAUAAAUCAGCUGAUUAUUAUUAUUAUUAUUAUUAUUAUUAUUAUUUUGGUGGAAGUUGAAAGGCUCAAUGCACACUCAGGGGCCAUUUAUUGCUGUGGAAAGAAGCACAGAAGAUACUAAGACUGCAAUUUGUUGCUCUGAUUAGUUCAAGUGAGAAUGUUGAUUCUUCUGCUCUCGUGCAGAGCACAUAAGUGUGAUAUCUCUCUGUCCCAUUUUGGAAUGGUUUAUGGGGUUUUUUAAUUGCAGUGAUUUUUAUUUGUUCUAAAACUGUAUUUUUUCUGUUUAUUGUAAUCAACCCUGGGAUCAACCUCAUGGUGAAGUGUGGGUUAUAAAUCUUAUUUAUACAUACAUACAUACAUACAUACAUACAUUCUUACAUGUUAAUACUGAUUGCUGAUGAAUAUUUUUUUAUUUGUAGUUUAAUUCCAGCAUUGUAAGGGUUAAUCUGGUAGGUUUGCUUUCACUUUAAUUCUUUGAUGAGCCUUUAGCUUACAGCUGCGUUAAGCCUGAGUGUAUAUAUUUAUGUGUGUAUCUUGGAGUUAUCCAGCUGCCCUAGAGGGUUGGUUUUUUUGGAGAAGCAUUGAAGAAAUGAAUUUUUUUUUGGUAAGUUUAAAUGCUUCAGUGUGCAAACUGGUUGCUAUUUUAUUUGCUUUAAAAAAGUGGCUUUGCAAUGCGUUUCUAGUUAUACAGCUUCAAGAAAGUUUAUAAUUAUAUAUUUGUUUAUAUAUUUUAUCAUAUAUAAAUUAUAGCAAUAGCAAAUAUAGUGUGUGUGUGUGUGUGUGUGUGUGUGUGUGUGUGUACACGUAUAUAUACACAUUAUAUUUACUACAGCUAUGAUUUCUUUUAGGUAUUUAUGCUCAUAAAGAGCUAUAAUUAUAACUGUGUUGGUUUUACAAUGAGAACAUGGUGAGUCUUACAGAGUCAUCCUAUACAUAAUGACCAUGAGAGUAAGCUCCAUUGAGUUACUGGGACUUGCUUCCUAGUCAGCUGGUAUAUGAGUCAACCUCACUUCGUUAGAAGUGUGACUUUUUGAUUAUGAUUGAUGGCUGUCUUGCAACAAUUCCAUUAUUAAGGAAGAGGCUGCUGUAAUGGAACAUAUGUCAGAAAACAAAGGCAGAGGAACAAUGGCUUUUCCAAAGCCUCUGAGCCCAAGACUUUGACUGAGGCAUGUUUUGAAUGCAGGUACAUAUCUAGCAGUCUAUGAAGUGACUGCACACACCUCCCAGUACUUUUGUCAUCAGCAGCUGCCGCUUAACGACAGUCAUAUCUCAUUUCCUCAGAAUGCAUUUGAGGUCGUGCACAAUGGCAUCAUCGGGGUCCUUCAGUCUGUAACAGGACUUUGUAAUAGGACUCCAUUUCUGAAGAUUUAGACCUAAUGAAUAAGUUGUCACUGUGGCCUGGCUGUUGUGAAAAAAAACAUUUCUGCAUGGUUUGGGAAGCACCCUAUUUUUGGUAGUGUAUGGACACAUCACCCACAUAGGUUGGUUAAACCGUGUCAGCUGGCAUGGAAAGGAAGCAGGGUGAGGCUUCCUGCAUGUGUACGUUUACUGUACAAAUGUGUGUGUAGUUGGGUUAUGUGGGUUUUUUUGGAAGCUGUCUCAUGAACUGAGUCUUUGGGUGAGUUAGGCUCUUGGGAAGUUCUGCUUAGGGUAACUGGUGAUCGGCAGUGACAAAGACAACUUUAUUUUCAGACAGCAGAGGUAUUCCAGGUUGCAAAAAGCCUCGUGACACUGGAAAGGCCUCAUCCAGAGGUUGAAUUCUUUCUUCUUCUGCCAUGGUCUUCAGUUGAGGGAACCAUAUUAACACCAGUAUUUAAAUCGCUGAUUUAACCAGUGCUAUUUUUUUAAGGGGGGUACUCAAGUGUACACAGUACUGGCACCUCUUUUUACUGUUGUUAAAAAGUGUGGCACUUCCUUGAACAAUUUCAUGGUGGGUACCAGCACCUAUUUUUCUAGAAAAAAAGCAAUGGAUGGAACUGACCUUUAAAUUUUGUGUUGACUCCCAGGCUUUCUACUUGGGUGGGCUAGUGCUCUGGAAGAAUAACAUAAAUUAAGGCUGCAAUCCUAGACACUUAGCCAAGGAGGGACUUAACUUCUGAGUUAAGGAUAACACUGUAAAGCUCUCUGAACUGUUUCCAACUUUUGCUUUGUGUGCUAGUCAAUUCUAAACUUAGCUUUAACUGUCUUCUUGUUGUAUUAUAGGUUCCUAGACACAUUCUUGUCCAAGAAUUAGAUAUGUUUAAUAUUAAAUGCUAAUGUAUUGAGGUGUCACUGGUAGUUGUGCACAGUAGUGCUGUGAAAACAAUGUUCAAUUUCAUGUUCAGAUAAACAGUUUUUUUUAAAGCAGGAAUUCAGGCUCAAUUAAAUGACUCGAUAUGCUUUCUCUAUUUCCUGGAGGAAGCAAAUAAAUGCAGAAUGGUGUGACAUACUUAUCUACAUUUAAGUCAUUUCUGUUCCUCUUAAAAUAGAGACUGCCUUGAAAUUUCCUUAGCUACUGGUGUUACACAUGCAUAUGCUGAUCUCAUGCAAUUUGUUUACAAACCUUGUUACCCAGAGGUUAGUAUAUGAAUUAGCUCAACAAUCACUUUCUGGCAGUGACAGUUCAGGCCCUGCUGUUCUACCUAGUAAUCUUGAGUCAGCUGACAAAAAGACAGAAAUCUGAGCAUACCCUGAGAUCACUUCCUCCAUUUAUCCCUAAGUGAUUAGUGUGACACCCAGUAGCUCAAGGGUCUACCAACGGCUUAGCCUCCGCUCAUGGAAGGCCACCCUUUGAAAACUUUUGCGGUGCGAUUUGCAUGCAACAUUUUCCAAGGAGAUUGAUGAGUCUCAGCAGGGACACUCAGGUUUGAACAGUAGUCUUUUCUGGAAGAUUGUAUGACCAGAUUUUUUUUGUAUUUGUUUUUACUGCUUAUACAAACACAAACAGGUAUGUAAAAACAGCAUGUCAUUUAACCAUCGGGCAAAAAAAAUAAAAAUCUGAUCACAACUUUGUGAUUACAAUGCUAAGCCCUGACAGUGCUUUGGGGUGUUAUACACCUUUUGUGUUUUGUAAUAAGGAGGUUGCGUUGCUCUUUGUUUGUUUUUCAGGUGUAAUGGCAGCACGUUAAAAAACCAAAGCACAGCUUCCAGGCUUUUGCUUUCAGCUGGAAGAAAGACCUCUGCUUUAGCCCUGCACUUCAGCUGCUUGACAGGCCAGUAGAUUUAUGCACCAUCAGCUGCUUCUAUAUUAAAUGCUACACACAUAGUUAAAAUUAGAAGUUAAUCAGAUCAGGUUUCCAAGAGUGGAUUCUGCUAUACAUCCCUCAGACAGGCCGGAUCCAUGGCCUGGGCUUCCUAGCGCUAAUGGAUAGAUUGUCUGGCAGGAACACAGACCUCUGCUAUUCCGUUAAUCCAAAAAAUCCGCAUCCACUUGCUAUCAAAACACCUGAUUAUGUUUGUGGUAUAUUUUGAGGCACUGUUGCACUCCUCUAGGAAAGAACUUGCAAAGAAGCAGCACUCUGCAAAAGGCAAAGUGUAAACAUGCAAUUUGCUUUUAUAAAAGAUAGUAUAUUUUACUGUGGAUUUAGUGGCCAGAAAGACAGUGUAUAAAAAUUCAGAGGUGUGUUGUUGUUGUUGUUUUUUGGGGGGAAGAUAGUGGGAGGAAGACAGCAGCUGAUGUACAAGCCCAACCUAUACAACAACAGGAUAGUCAUGAUUCAUUGUUGUUCUCUUGCAAAUGCCAUAUCGGUUCUGGACUUUUACUUUCAGGAAUCAGUAUGAAGAACAAAUACAUAGAUCACACUCACCUUCAUUUUAAUUGGGCAGCCAUUUGUUUAUCUUUGAUUCUGAAUAUUUCAACCUCUUAGCUGAGUACUGAUGCCCACAGAAAGCUUGCAUCCACAGGGUAAACAUCGGUUCAAUGUAGCCCUCCAUAUGCUGCAGCACACUGUCCAUUAUAUACUCCAAUCUAUUUAUCAUGGUUCUUACUGGUGCCUAUCCUUCAUUCUUUGAGCCACAUGGGAUGAUUGAUCAAUUCCGAUUUUAUUAGCUUUUUUUGAAAUAUGUGCUUGUGAAGAAUACAUCUAAAUUCAGCACUGCAUCCUCUAAAUUUGCAGUUUGGUGUAUUUUAUAUUCUCUUUGAAUUAUUAGAUUGUCUCUGCUUGAAAGUGCAUGGAUUUGGCAUUAUUCUUCCAUUUUAGUGGCUUUAAAUUGACCUGUGAUAAAUCCUUGUUUUCUCAAGUUGCAAUGUUUUCCCAUGUGAGGACAGCUGAAUAAGUUGUCUAAGUGUCUGAGAAAUUAGGUUUUGGACUUAUUUAAUGAGAAGUGAGAUAAACCAUUUGUCAUGAGAGCACAUUAUGGCAGUGAAUUUCACCAAGUGCACAGCAAAACAUUAUUUGUAGACAAUUUCCUGUUCAAAAGUGUGCUAGCCCUUCCAAGCCAGUCAGCUAAAGUAGGAAACAAUGACCUGUGCUCUCAUACAAUCAGCAAUAGGAGCACUGUAUUAACAAAGGACUCUGCGAUUACAACCUUAAGAAAUAGUCUGUUACAAGAUGCUGAAAAACAUAUCUCUGUAUGCAUCAGUGGCCGAAAGUGCUCCCUGUUGCACUUUGUAGAAUGAUUACAAGUGUUUGCUUCACAUUCAGCCAUUUUCACAGAUCUGUGAAAAGAUGGAUAGUAUUACUGCAAUGUGCUGUGUACAGUGCCACUCUUGAAGACUUCUUAGAAGCCCCAGCAGGUGCGGCUUGCUCCAGUUUAGCAAGUGUUUGCUGUUAGGACCAUAUCCAUAUUACUCAAUUUCUGCAAAAAGAAGAGACUCUGGCUUCCUACCUGCUUCCGGGUGCAGUUAAAGCUGACAUUCCAUUAGAAAGCCCUACAUGGCUUGAGUUGUAACUCUUGUAAAUCCUUGCUCUUUGUGAGCUAAACUAAUGAUGGGGGGGGCGGGGGGAAAUGUAGCUGAAGCUUUUGCAAUAUAAGGGCUGAAGUUUGAUUUGUACAGUCAUUGUAUGAAUUGGUUUACCAAACUGUAUAUGACAGGGGUUGGUGAUUACCAAGUAGGGAGGUAGAGCCUACCAGUGGGUUGCAAUAAGGCUUUUGUGUUGUUGUUUAAUAGUUUAGUCGUGUCCGACUCUUCAUGACCCCAUGGACCAGAGCACGCCAGGCACUCCUGUCUUCCACUGCCUCCCGCAGUUUGGUCAAACUCAUGCUGGUAGCUUCGAGAACACUAUCCAACCAUCUCGUCCUCUGUCGUCCCCUUCUCCUUGUGCCCUCCAUCUUUCCCAACAUCAGGGUCUUUUCCAGGGAGUCUUCUCUUCUCAUGAGGUGGCCAAAGUAUUGGAGCCUCAGCUUCAGGAUCUGUCCUUCAUGUACUCAAGAACAAAUGGCUCAGAGCAGCAGCUACUAGGUCAGGUGAUAAAAUUACUAGACCUUCAGUCCCUCACCAAAAACAAUUUUGUUGUUGGAACAAAAAUGUUUUGAUUUGCGGCUCAGGUUGGAUCAUAGGAAGAUGCCAGUAUUCCAAAUUAGACCAUUGGCCCAUCUAGCUCUGUAUUUCCACACUGACUAGCGGCAGCUCUCCAGCGUUUCAAACAGGGAGUUUAUCCCAGUCCUUCCUGGUGAAGGCAGGGGCCAAACCUGGGAAUUCUUGCAUGCAAAUCAUGUCUUCCACCACUGAGCGACACCCCCCAAGAAUGUACCUGUGUCCUGCUGAGAAUAUUAUAUUUCCUCUUGCACAAAGUUUGUUACUUGACAGGGUUAUCCACAUGUGCUAGGAGUAGCAGCUGCCAGAUCUGUAGAACAGAAACUAGAACAUUCAGGUGGGACCUGCACUAAAACGUUUCAUUGAACAGCACUCCUGUUCAAGAUGUCAGCAAGCCACAUGCUUUUCCAGAGUACUGUACUGCAUUUCCCCAACACCACUGCCCAGCAGACAUUCAUUAUGGCCUCUUAAUGCAUACAGUUUUCUUUGGGCUGCUCUGGGAUUCGCACCCCCACCCCCUUGGGUUUUUAAGUACUUCUGCAAAAACUUUGUUUCCCUUAGGCCUGCUGAUACCUCCCUCUUGAGCAUGGUUAUACCAGGUCUGAUGCUUGGAGAAUGAGUUUUGCUAUUAGUAUAUAUGAUUUGGUGCCCAUGGAAGCUUGCCUUCUGAUGCAAAUAGCUGUCAUCAGGACCAUGGAAGGAGAAUGGUUGAACUCUCCCUCCUCACCCAGUCCCAUUUCUGUUCUCUCUCCUCCCACCUCCUGCCUCAGGCCAGCUGCUAAUCAGACUUUUAAAAAGCAUGCACAUUAACUGCAUUCACACAGUGUUGUGCCAUUUCAGACUAUAGAAUUGUAGAACAGCAGGAGCCACAAUGUUGGUGUCAAAUAGUAAUUCAGGGCUGCUUGUGGGACAGCAAAAGACUACCUCAUCCCAGGAUAGCAAAAGUACUGAAUCAUGCUCAUAACCAAUGUCCACAAUCUUAGCAAUGUCUCCUUGAGUUACAUGUUGGCCUUUAUAUGGAUGGGCGCACCCAGGGUGUGCUGUUUGAAUAGGGAGUGGGAUUCUCCCCCCUCCCCACACACUUCUAAGGUGAAUUUAGACCUAGCACUUGGCGAUGGGUUCUUAAAGUAGCAAAUAAGGGUUUUCCCCAAAACUAUUUAUUUCAGAUUUCAAAGUACUUCUGAGCAGUUGCUUAGCCCUGUGAAAGUUUCCUCAACACUUAAAAGAUUCUCUGAGAGACCAAAAAAAAAAAAAAAGAAGAAGAAGGAGAAGGAGAAGGAGGAGAAGAAGAAGAAGAAGAAGAAGAAGAAGAAGAAGAAGAUUCUCUGAGAGACCAAGCAAAGCCUGUUUCUGAUGACAUUUUGAAUAUGGCCAGUUUGUGUGGAAUUUCUGAAAUGUUUAUAAAGAGCACAGAACUUGGAAAUACUUUAUGGCAGUAAGAAAGAACAAAAUGCAGGUAUUAAAAACAAAAAGCCAGCACAAUUAAGGAAUCAGUGGCUUUCGAAAAGAAAUUGCACACAGAGAAUGGACUGUUCCUAACCAAAUAUCUUUAUUUUAGCUUCAAGGAUGCAGACAUCUUUAAAAAGCACAAGUCAAAUUGUACUAAAUAAAUGCUAAGAUAAUUUUUCUAUCAUCCUCUAUUUGGCUUGCAACUGAGCUGUUCUGACUGGAUGAUGACUUUUAAAUACCCCUCUGCCCUGUUAGCACGAAUUUCUUGGCAUUCUCUUCUCCCUGUCAUAACUUAAUGUGGGCAUAUAUCCCCUACAUAGUUACCCACAAAAGAACAUGUUCCAGGGAUUUUCUUGCAUCCUUGGGGAACCCACCGACUUUCAUUAAUUUUUAGAGAAGCUGCUCAGGGAACAAGCAUGGAGCACUUACUUUCAAAGGGGUUGCUGACAGAUGAGCAAAUAAAAAUAGCUGGGGGAGUAGAGAUCAAAUUAAGAACUCCAUAGUCUCAGAACAAACAAAAAAAGCCCCAUGGAUCCAAGAGUCUAUUAUUGCCUUGCAUUAAUGGUUAAUUGACUAAAAGAAGGAAGAAAAAGAAGUCCUGAGAACCAUAAAAUCCAUGCAGGGGAAAGGCACAGAUAAGUAUCUAUCACACCCUCUGGGGCCAGAUAUCUCCAGUCCUUAAUUCCAGGUAUGUGAGAUCUAGCUGAGAAUAUGCAGUGAUGAGGAAGAUACCUUACAAAUUUGUCCCUAUUUUCCUAAUCUGGAUUGUUUUGUUAGCGUACAACUAGCUGAACUGAAAACAUACUGAAAAUCUACUUGCCUUUCUCCCGGGUGCCAAGUAAGGCCAUCUAUUCUCCAUUUUGUUCCCUUAGUCCUCUCCACUUUUAAAAAUCUCAAAUCCAAGAGAGAUUUUAUCUUGCAUCCCUUUUUAAAAAAAAAAUGUGGAGAGCCCAACCAAGUUAGUUUUGAGUUAGUACAGUCAUGUACCUACCUCUGAGCUCCAACUUCUUAUUGGGCCUCUGGAUGCAUCACAAUACAGUUCAAGAAUCUGGAGAAGAGAAAGCAGCUACAGGCGCUUUUCACAUAAAGUUCUUCACAGGUGCUAGUAUUGGUGGAAAUAUGACUAGCAACAUCAUGUCUGACACCACCAGUAGGCAAAUGAUGAUGAUCCAGGAAACAGUAAGGGGCCACCAUGAAAAAAUUCCCUUGGAUUUUUGCUAUUGUUGAAUGGCUUUAACAGAUCUGCCAAAAGGUAAAUCUUUGCCACUAGGAGGCUCUGCAAGAAUAGCUUCUUAGGAAACAUAAUUCCUUACUAAACAACUAAGAUCUGAGGGCGGAGAGGGGAACUAUCCUCCCUGCGUUACAUAUGAUUGUUUCUGUAUUAAUUCCAUUUUGGUAUAUGGUUAUUUUCCCGCCCCACCCCCUUGUCACUGGAUGUCUUCCAACAGCGGUUAAUUUCCUCUGAAUGGGAACAAACAUUCUGCAGGAAUGUGGUUUCUAGUGACAGAUUAGCCUUAUAACACUCUAUGUUGUGUAGUUUUCCUACCUAGAAACAUAGUGUUGGAAGGGACCACUAGGGUCAUCUAGUCCAACCCCUGCAAUGCAGGAAUCUUUUGCCCGACGUGGGGCUCAAACCCAUGACCCUGAGGUUAAAAAUCUCAUGCUCUACCAACUGAUCUAUCAAAAUUGCCAGUGCUUAGUUCUCAAAUAUCACGAGCCUUCUCAUGGGAUUAGCAGUACAAGUAAUGACAUGUUUUUAGCUGGCAUCUCUAUUGUAUGCUAUCUCUUCUUCAAAGGCAAAAUAUUCAGGAGCCUUUUUAAAAAGCUGGAUCUGUUCUUAAAUGCUACCAAAUAUAUUUAUAAAAGGCUUUGUAAAAGUUGGGACCUACAAACCUCAUGCAUUGAAUGCUUACUGGACUUUCUACAUCUCUAUGCUGUAUACAGGAGUCUCUUGUGACUAGCAUUUAGCACGUUUUAGAAAUUCAUUUGAGAAUGUUAAUUCUCUUCCUUCUUGUCACCUGUCAUGUUGGCUCAGAUGAUCACAUUAAGCUUUUACUUCCUUGCUCUAUAUAUUCCUGUUCAUCUGUAAAAAAAAUACCAGAUGAGCAAAUUCUGUAAGAAAAUCCUCUUACAGAAUUGAUUGCCAUAGGAUAUUGUGAUGUCUCUUAGCGGACCUCUACUGCUGAUUCAGAACUUCUUCAGGGCUACAUUUGAUUGGGGAAAGAUAAAACUCUCUUACCUUAGCAGCCUUGUUGGAAUCCAAACUCAGUAUAAUAAGGUCAACCACAAAUAAAAUGACAGAAAAAUGCAUAAUUAAAAUAGAUAAUUCAGUUUAAAAAUGCAGCUUUUAGUUCAUAUUUAUUCUGUAUCAUCAGUGACCGGAACUAAUAUACCACCAUUACAUAAAAUAUGAAAAAUAACAUGGCAACAUCAGCCAGACUUCAAUUUUGUUUUUCUCAAUGCACUGGAGGCAACUGCCUUGAAUUUUGCGAUUUAAACAAACAUACAAAGUGAAAGACUUACUAUCAAAGGACUAAGUUCAUGUUGUGUAAAAGUCUAUAGCAAAACUCCCAUUUGAUUUUAUUGGUUUUAGGUCUGUUAAUGAAUGCAUUUGUUCCUUCUCAGUUUUACACUCAUGAUACAUCAAAUUCAUGAGAUAGUAACAUUUUUGUUACUAAAUAGCCCGUGGAUCUUUUGAAAAGUGGGUCUUUUAAAAUGUCGCUUUGUUUCUAAAUGUGUGUCACUAAUCUUUCCAAGUAAUAUAUGAAGUGUUUUAAUUAAAAAUCAAAAUUCCUUGUAGAUUCUCUCAUUGUUGGUAAAUAAACAAGGAGAUUUUAGAAAAGUGACUUGUCUCUUUGGGUGAAUUAAGGAAUAGCCAUGUUACUGUUGAACUACUUGUAAUUCCCUAACUCAGCCUUGAGGCAUCUAAAAUUGAACCACAAGCAGCACUUCUAUCAUAUUGCUUCUCCAAAAGCAUCCUUAUUCAUUCAACUCCUGUGUCCAUUCAAACCUGGAAAGGGAUGUAAAGGUAAUGUGCAUAAAACAAAAUGUAAGAACCCAAAUAGAAUUUUAAAGCACUGUACACCAUAUAUGUUCAGCAUGCAGGCAAUCCUGUUAAAAUAGCAAUUCAAUGAAAUUUUUGAAUGUGGUUUGCAUAAUUCAUCAUAUCCAUAGUUAGUGGAAGACUUUACAGAUGGACCAUGUUUAUUUAACAGCACAAGACACACCCAUGCAUUAGAAUGAAUCCUGUCUUACCUCUUUACCAGGGGGUUUCAGAUAUUCCUUUUUCCCACCCCCACCCUUCACCCAAAUGAGUUUAUUUCAAAAUCUACCAGAAGAAAUGUUAGUUGCUACAACAGAUUUAAUAGUCUGUCUACUUUUCAUAUCUCUGGCAAAGUGCUUCUUGAAGCCUUCAUAAUAUUUUCCUAACCCUCUCUGUAUUACAUCUGUCCCUGUCCUGGAGACAGCAUAAUUGUGCAAACAUCUCAGCUAUUCAGGUAGUCGUCAUUAUUGUUUGUGUCAACAGCAUGAUUGGUAUGUACCUUAUUAUAAUCUUGGUGUUGGGUUGCAAAGGUCCUCCUCUCUUCAUCUGGCUGAGUCUAAUUCCGUCAUCUUCACUAAGAUCUAAAGUUACACCAAGUAAAGGUUGCCAUUUACGUGGAACACUGAGGUUGCUAAAAUGACUCCCUUAGGUACAGUCUAUGCUAUUUCUUCUUCCAAGGACACAGUCAGGACAAUGCAGAGGUUUUUGCCAAAGCAAAUUAGAAACUCUUGAUGUACAGAUAUGUGGAGUGAAGCACCAGUUUUGUUUCUCCUUACCAGUUAUUAUGAAUAUGUUGUACUGUUACAUUGAUGAAGCUGUUCUUGAGUAAUGUGAAAUUAUUCAAAUGUGAUCUUAGCUUCUUGGGUCAAUUGGUAGCAGGGUCAUUCAACCUUGCAUCGUCACAUUUUUGACAAAUCUGAUUGUUAAAAUUAACCACCAAAGUUUGCUGGUAAGCUACACCCUGUUAUAACUUUGUUCCCAUAAGUGUAGAGUACCCAAUGGAGACUGAAAUGCCCAGUACAAGGUUAGUUAUAUUACAAGUGUGCUAAAGUGUCUGUGGAAUUGAGUUCUUUAGGGUGGCAAGGAAAUUGGUUCAUUGGGAUCUCUCAUUUGGGUUAUCUGAGAGUGUUCCCACAGCUCAGAAUCUUCUUAAACUAGAAUACAUCUGAAUUGUAGAGAGCCUGAUGAGCUUUUACACCAAGUGAUGUAUCCAAGUAUAGUGGUACCUUGGUUUACGAACUUAAUAUGUUCCGGAAGUCCUUAAACCGAAACCGUUCUUAAACCGAGGUGCACUUUCCCUAAUGAGGCCUCCCGCCGCCGGUGCCCUUCCACCAUUCGGAUUCCGUUCUUAGACCAAGGUAAAGUUCACAAACUGGGACACUUCUUCCUGUUUUGCGGAGUUCUUAAACUGAAUAAUUCGUAAACAGGGCUGUUCUUAAACCGAGGUACCACUGUAUGUCCUACUCAGAGCAGACCCAAUGAAAUUAAUGUACCUAAGUUAGACCUGUCUAUCUAUUUCACUGGGUCUGUUCUAAAUAGGACCAACACUGGAAACAACACCCAAUUUUGAUAUUUUAUUAAAUUAUUCAUAAACUGCCCUCUAUCCAAGGAUUUCACUGUGGAGCAUUUUACUGGAAUUUGCACGCAGUAAAAGAGUGAAAGAAGAAAGCAUGUCUUUGGAAUGUUGUAGCAUUCUAAAAUAAAGUCAAGAUCCAGCUCUUCAUUUCUGGUUUCAAUGGGUCUUGCAAUUUCUAAGGUUAUUGUCAUUUUAAGAUCUUCAUCACCAUUUUCUUUUAUUCAGGCUGCAGUGCUAAGGACCCUUAUUUCCAGGAGGUAAAAUCCACUUCCUGAAGCAGUAAAUGUUAUUUGAGAAGUUCAAAGAAAUGACUAAAAACAUCUUAAGGAAAAAGUAGCCCCAAAGCAGACUUUGAAAAUUGAGCUAUAAACAUUUCCGUUUAAACAUUAUCAUGUAAUAUCCCAUAUUACAUGGUAAUAAUGUAAUCCUGACAUGCCUUCCUAUGUAGCAUGUUUCUUUAUUAUUAUUAUUAAACCCAUCUUUUCUCUCUUGCAUUUCUUUCUUGAUUACUUUAGUUAUCUUCCUACUGUUAUUGUUAAUCUCCAGUUUUUAGUUUUAACGUCUUGCUUUCUUUAGUUUUGCUCAACUAGGGCAGUUUCUACUUUCAAAAUUAUUUGAUGUACUUUCUUAAAGAUACUGAGACUGUUCAUUUCAUUUCUGUUCCAUACCUAGUAGUUUAGGUAUUAUUAUUUUUAUUACUAUAAUUGAUUACUAUAAUAAUUAUAAUUUCUAUUUAUUUGUUUGUUAUUUUUAUAUCCCACCUUUCUUCUAAAGAGCUCAAGGUGGGGUACACAGUUCUGUCCCUCCUCAUUUACUCUCCACAACAACCCUGUGAGGUAGGUUAGACUGAGAGGUAGUGACUGGCCCAGUGUCACCCAGUGAGCUUCAGGGCUGAGUGGAGUAUUCAAGCUUUGGUCUACCAGGUCCUGGGGCAACCCAGGCAGGUGGGUUGGGAAUAAUAAUAAUAAUAAUAAUAAUAAUAAUACCUACACAUACACACACACCCAGUGAUAUCUGUAAUGACAAAUCUUUACAUGGCCAAGAGUGGCAUCACUGCAAUCAGGGAGUAGUGCAAACUCCCGGCAAUACUGUGCCACAUUGAACUUAUCUAUUUAAAGAGCUAACAACUACACGGAGCAGGAGAAAGUGAGGUCACUUCUACACCAAAACAUUUAAAGCACACUUAACAGUUGUGGCUUCCCCACAAAGACUCUUGGGAACUGUAGUUUAAGGGUGCUGAGAGUUGCUUAUUGCUUUAUUUAUAUAUUAUAUUUGUAUCCCACCCUUCUUCCCAAAGGAGCCCACAGCAGUAAACAGCAACAUGUUAAAACCGUACAAUUUAAAAUCAAAUUAAAAAACUCACACAUUUAAAACAAUUGCUUUGAAGCUCCUUACAGAGCUGCAGUCCCCAGUGCCCUUAACAAACUUUAGUUAUUGGGAUUCUUUGGGGGAAGCUAUGACUGUUUCAAGUGGUAUAAGAGCGCUUUAAAUGUUUGGUGUGGAUGUGACCACAGGCAGAAAACUGGAUCGAGAGCUGCCAAGCCUAAAUUUAGGGCUCUUCCUACAAUGCAUGUUUGCUGCAGGAUUUGCAGUACAAUCAGGGGCAGCUUUUCCUGUCCCUGCAAGACACUUUGGCAGGGAUGGGGGCUAAAUGUUUCCUGCCAGCUGCACAAAUAUUACUAGCCAUGGUUAAGUCUAGAUAUCUGUCUUGGUCCAGAAUUCUUGGAGGUUGCCUGCGCUUAUAAGAAUAACAUAUGCUUAAAAAUAACAUCUCUAGAGGACCUUUCAAAAAGUUGAAGGGGCUGCAGCAUUGUAUUUUUACUUAUGUUUUCAUCCAGUGGUGAUACUGCUAGAAUUGUAAUAGUGCCGUCCUUUCCAUGGCAUGCUGUCUGCCUGACAUUCAGUUUUCACCAUCCCAAUCUAUUAAACUUGCUCAUUGGUUCCCCUCAGGGCGAGGGAAGAUAAAGUGAAUUAUGUUUAACAUACAAGCCUGGUUGAUGUUGUUUCCUCUAGGUUUACAAGGAAAUCCUGACCAAGCUCUUCUCUGUGAGUGUCAGCAUACUGGCUGGGCCAGAGGAAUGUCACAGUAAGUGAAGAGGUUCUCCAUUGUAUGCAUAAUCACCCAAUAAAAACGUAUGUCCGUCUCCCAGUAAGCUGUGCUUAUUAUUGUUUCUCCCCUGCCCUCAAUACACUUAGGACCGAGCGGAAAACUUCCAGCCUGUCACUGACCAUUGGAUCACCAGCCAGUGGAGAGUUUAGCAGCAGCAGCAGCAAAGCAUGUCGCAGUUAUUCCACUUUAAUUCAGCCGUUAUCCACUGACCCUCAAAGAGUAGGUUAAACACUUCCUGUUCCCUUUGCAUUAAUUUUGGCAAAACGUUGAAUCCUGUAUUGAAAUUCCAGUUUGUCUGCAUUGGUUUAUUUCUCCCCCCUCCCCCCCAUUUAAAACAUGUCUGGCUGGGGUUGGGGGGUUUUUUGGCAUCUAUCAAUGAGAGGAUUAGAAGCAGUCAUGUGGCUACCCUGGAGCUUAGCCAUUUGUCAUAUUCUUCCAAAGACAUUUAAGAAAGGACAGUUGGAUCAAAGCAGCUACUUAGUAUAGAGAUGGAGAAUUCAAAACAUCCAGGGAUUUAAAUGCCUUUCAAGUUGUUGGGGGAAAGUGUGGGGAGAGAUUACAUAGGUUUCUUUUUAUAAGAUUCUGCUAAAGUAAAAAAGCAAAUAUAUUAUCAGUGGUAGAAUUUUUUGUACACUAUAUUGACUAGUAGGCAGUUUCAGGCAGCCCCUAUGGAAUUGGCUUCCUUGUAAAGAAGUUUUAGAGACAUAAAUAUCUCUUUACAAAUGUACAAGUUGUGAAUGCAGACAAGCACGCAGGUACCACAAAUCUUGAAAGGAGCAUGGAGUCUCCCAAAAACAAACAUAGCAUGCCUACAGUUUGAAGCUUGUGCUUUCCAACUCCCAUCCAUGUCUGUGUUGUUCACAAGUUAGUAUCCACCAGCCAUCAAAGGCAACUGAAGGUUCUUCCAGCCAUUAAUGACCAUUGAAUAAACGCAUUUAGCAAAAUGCUAAACAAAAUAUAUUUAUUGACACAGGCACAUCCAUACAUCCAAAUCUACAGCAAUCAGCAUAAUUUGCCAAUGUUUCCUUCCUUAUUUCAAUAGUCGACAGGAAGAAAUCAGUUGAAAAAAAUGUAAAAUAUUCUGAUGACUUGGUUCUUCAUAUGUCAAAGGCAAGAGUUUCUGCUUAUUCCAGAACCCUAAAUUUCUAUAUUGCAACUGAAAGACUUUCCAAAAGGAAAAGGCAGAUUUCCCCAGCUGGUGUCCAUCAGAUGUUUUACUGGCUGGGGCUGAUGGUAGUUGUAGUCCAAAACAUCUGGAGGGUACCAAGUCAAGGAAGCAUAUCUAGAAUCUGUGGACACUUAAGUACCAAGGACUAGGUCUAGUUUACAUGUUAACAGUCAUAAUAUGAUGGUUACCACAUAAAUAACAAUUCCUGUUCAGCAGCUCACAGUGCAAGUUAGUUGAUUUCAAUAAGCGAUGAGAAGAACCCCAUGACAUGCAGGGUUGUGUGCUGCCACAACUCCCCAUUACCAUGACCCUGUGAGAAUCCCAGGCUGCUGACCUCUUAUGAUGGGACAAGCAGAUGAGCUACGUGACUUGUUGGAAUUAAUAGCAUUACAUUGGCAUAUCUAGGACACACAUCUAAAACUUCAAGUGGAGAUGCCUUAAAACAGUGAUGGCCAAACUUGGCCCUCCAGCUGUUUUGGGACUACAGUUCUCAUCAUCCCUGACCACUGGUUCUGUUAGCUAGGGAUGAUAGGAGUUGUAGUCCCAAAACAGCUGGAGGGCCAAGGCAUCACUGCCUUAAAACCAUAACUCAUUCAUUUUCUUCCAUACAACUUCCUUUUUGCUUUUUUCUAAUAAGAGAUUUUUUAUAUUUUUUUUAUUUUUUGGUAUGGAGAGCAUAAAUUAGGAUUAUCAGAAGAGAACUGUACCAUAGAUAACCUAGUGUACAAACUCCAGAUAAAGUGCUUAGAAGUUAUUUUUUCCUUUUGUCAGUAGUGAACGAUAUGCAGCUUCUCUAGAUAUUAAAUACAGUGACAGCAAUAUCUCUCUUGUUUUUUAACAUACAGAUGCAAAACCCAUCAAAAAACCAGACUGGAUCCACAUAUGAAGCUGCCCCUGUAUUUAUAAAGGUAAGUAGCAUAAUCUAGACAGCAGCAGCUUGAAGCCAAAGGUGCUGUGGCAGGAGUGGAAGGCAUUUUUGCUCACAGGAGGCAGGUUGCUAAAUCUCUGUCCCAGGGUUUGAUUGCUCUACAGUAUAGGAAAUGGAAUGCUGGGCUAGACAUCCUUUGCAGGGCUUUUGUGUUAAUCUGUUUCCCCUUGGAAUCUAUCUCCAGAUGCCCCCUCUUGUUCAGUGAUAUGUCUUUGAAAUAUUCUCCAUAUUUCAAAAAGUGAAAAUCUGCAACUGCUAGAGGUUUUAUUUACAAUUAAGUGGUAUACAAAUUCUUUUAAAUAAUACUGUUCAUUUCUUCUUUAUUUUGACAAUCUCUAUACCGUUGAAUUACAAAAAUCUAUAAGCAGUGUACCGCCACGGGGUGAGCUCCCGCUGCUCGGUCCCUGCUCCUGCCAACCUAGCAGUUCGAAAGCACGUCAAAGUGCAAGUAGGCGUUUCCGUGCACUGCUCUGGUUCUCCACAUGCUGGCCACAUGACCCGGAAGCUGUACGCCGGCUCCCUCAGCCAAUAAAGUGAGAUGAGCACCGCAACCCCAGAGUCUGUCACGAGUGGACCUAAUGGUCAGGGGUCCCUUUACCUUUUAUAAGCAGUGUACAAGAAAAUAAAAAUCCAAUUCCAAACAGUUGAUCCCCAGUUUCUCUCUAAGCAGAGUAAGUGUGGGGAAGUCUUAUGUCAUGCAUAUUUACGGUACUUUUUAACUCCUUCAGGGUCUUCAAAACAUUAGCACUACCAACGGCCAGCUAGUGGUGUUUGAAUGUCGAAUACGGGCAUCACCCACUCUUCAAGUUCACUGGUACAGAGAGAACAAUCAAAUAAUCGAUUCUGCAGACUUCCGAAUAUUGAGAAAAAGUAUGUUUCCUGAUUUUUAAGAAAACUUCUGUAUCUACUACCCAAAUUUCCAAUUUCAAUUUAUAAAAGAAAAAAGAUUGUUUCUAUCCAUGGAAUUUAACAAAUCUAAACAAGCUGUAAUCUGCAAAAAUGUCUCAAGUUUGUGCACAGUGUUCGGCAAAUCCUGUUGAAGUCAAUGAAACUUAAGCAGCCAAUAGUUGAAUAGCACGGCAAACCUAACAAUUAAAUAUCUACUUGCUGAGCAAAAUGCAGUUAAAUAUUACAAGCUUCUACCAUGAAACAUGUAGUCUGAUACUACACGUUUACUCAGAUCUCAUUGAUGUUUCAAGGAAAAUACGCUAUUGGAUUAAUAUACGUAUGACUGCAUUAUAACCAGGUGUUUAUGGGGUUGUGUGACUGCUGCUGAACUGCAUCUCUCCUGUUGGUGUCCAUGGUAACAUCUAGUAAAAGAAAUACAUGACUGUCCUGUUCAGCAUUUCCCCAUUCUCUGCAAGUACCAGCCAAUGAAUGGGAACAGGGAAAGAGGCGUGCUGAGCCAAUGCCUUUUCAUGUGUUUUCUUUUGCUAAGGAGAGUUUAGAUGAUGUUGGGAAGAGACAUGCGGAUUGGCAGCAGCCAGAUGUCUGCAUAAUAUCUAGUUAGCCCCUAAAAAGCUUUUAUAUUGGCCUUUUGGUAAUGUAUCUUUCAAAAGUGUGGCCCAUGGACUUAGGCUGUGUACAUGUGACAUUUUAUUCUAGAAUCAGCGGAGACUAUUUGUUUUUUUCUACAUAGUCCACACACAAUCUAGAUUUUUUUGCCCUUGAAAAGCACUUCUUGAGAAACCAGUUUAUUUCUGAAAAUAAAAACUCACUGCAUAUUUAUUCUGCAUUACCUCAUAGUGUGUCCAUUUAGAACAAGAUCAAAAUAGAUACAGGUGGUCUUGAGUCUUGGCAGUAGGUGUGUGUGUCCACAGGUGCCCAACAUUGUAGGUAGCGUAUAGCAAGAUUGCAAUCACCGCUUCAAGGGGAAGGUUUUCAAACACAUAUCAUGUACCCUCUUUGGACAACAAGAUCUGAAAUCAAUCUAGAUUAAGGUUACCAGAUUGUUUUCAAUGAAUCCGGGGAAACUUUUCAACAUCAAUAGAUUUUGCAUGUGGACUGAUUUGUAUGAGGACUGUCCCCGGGAAACGGAGACUUCUGGUAACCUUAAUCUAGAUUAAAAGCAUGUGGAGGACAAGCAUGUCUAAUUCCAGACUGAGAGAAACUACAUUUUUGUGCUGCAAAUGAAUUAAUGUGCUCAAGCAAAAUUAUAUGCAAAUGUCUCCUUCUACCACAGAUACAUACGUAAAACAACAAUUAAACUAUUGUGUAUUCCUGUUGUUUUGGGGCCUAAUGCUAGCCUAGGGUUGACAGAAAACUAAUUUUCCUCUACAGCCUCAUGGAAGGCCAACAGGUCUAGUAAUGCUGGCAGGGAAAUAAGUGCUUAGUUGUAUCUUAAGGUUCACAGCUUGUGUCUUUCAGAUCUUCAUUUUCAGUAGGCUUCACUAAACUAGUCUUUCCAUUGAUUGAAAUGCAGUACAGAUUGCGCUCUUGGCAUAAUUUGAUUGAAACCUAAGGUCAAAACCUAAUAGUAUUGACUAUUGUUUAAGUGUUUGCUUAAGUGGCUUUGUCCCAAACAGUACAGGAAAAUAUUUGAUAUGCACUAUAUGCUGAGGCACUGGAGAUCAGUACUGAAUAAGAGCAGCAAUCUAACCUCUACUCUGUGCUUUUCCCAGACUUCAAGCACGCUCUCUCCGUUUCAGCUCUUUUCCAACAAUGCAUCCCUCCUCCAGCCCACCUGCUGGAGGUAAAAACAGGUGGGACUGUGCAACCCUGGGGAAAGGAAGUGGGACAGUCAUUAAAAUGAGAACAAAUGGGUUGUAUUGGAUGACAAGUAGCACAGAUUAUAAACUGAUAAGAAGGCUAUUAUGAAAUGCUAAGCCUGCAUGGCAUUUCGAACUGCAUCAGUACCAGAAUCAAGCCUCAUCUCGUAUGUCCCUCAUAUUAAAUGACAUUCCACAUACAUCUUCAAGAGGCUCCAGUGACAGAUGCGUUUUUCAUCAGUGGGACUAUCGGUAUAGUAUAUUUAUUAGGUUAUGUAUCUUGCAACAGUAUUUACUAGAGUCAUUAGAAACCUGUGUAUUCAGCUUGUUGAACAGCUCUUACUGCUAGGAACUUUGUCCUGAGCAUAACAAUUAAGCCAUUGUCCAUACUGAUGUUCACUCUCUCUGUCUGUCUCUCUUUGUGUGUGUUUCAGAGGCUUGUUCAUCCCUGACCCCUGGUAAGUAAUUCUAAAGGACUAGGCGGGAACUAGUUGCUGAAAACCAGGCAAAUCCAACAACUAGUGACCCCAGAUGAGAAUGUGCAUCCAGUCAGUACAAUGAGGCUUAGCUGAGCGCAGCAAUACAGAAGUGUCCCUGCAUCAGUUACAACAUGCACAGAAUCUGCUUUGGUGUGCAGAUAUUUCUUGCUGCAUCUGAGAGAUAUUGCUCAGCAAGCUGUAUGCUGUAUCAUCAGUAAGAAAUUCUGCAGCCUUCUGUGUAAAAGUGACACAACAGCAAGCAACAAAGUGCACAUAAUACUCAACUUCUUAUAUGCCUGUAGCCUAGCUGUACUAGUAAAGAGGUGUGUUGGUGUCUAGCUCAAUGCUUUGAAGUCUGUCCCAUUUAAUUACCCAUCAACAUUAAAUUAAUUACUUAAUUUAAUUACUUGAAUUAGUUUACUCCCAUGUAAGUAUACCUUGAAUUGCAGUGGUAUUUGUACACAGAAUCUAAUAAUUUGUGUCAUUCCUUCACAGCCGUUUUCAUUAAGGCAAACCACGUUCUACAUUCACCAGCCUGCAUUUGUAUAGUGGCCUUCUGAGUUCAGUUCUCAAAGCUUGAAUGGGGUUAACGUUUGCAGAGGCUUACAUUUAGAUUGAACACAUGUAUUCUUCCUGUUUUAAAGGCUCUGCAGUUGCUAUUUGAUUAGACCUUGCCUAUUCAUUUUAUUUUGUCAUAACUGAAUUUGUUUAAAAUCGUGAAUUGUUUUUUGCGAACUGCCUUGGGAAUAUCGUGAACAAAGUGACAACAGAAUCUGCUUCAAAUUUAUAAGAAUAACCAUGCCUUAAUUGCCAGAAUAAACCAUGAACUUCGAUAGUACUGCCUUUUUACCCGAGAAGUACUUUAUAUCCAGCAAUAAGUUCUAUGGAAAAUUAGGUCAAUUCCCACUGGUAGUAUGGGAGAAAUUGUAAUAUAGCUAUGUUUAAAAAUUCAUUUUUAAGUGUCUCAUUCAGGUAUUUCCUCCUUCCAGAGGAAGUUUGCACCUUAGUGAUUACAGAAGCAUUUCCUGAAGAUUCUGGAAUAUUUAAAUGCAUUGCUGAAAAUGAGUUUGGUGCAGUAGCCUCCAGUGCAUACCUUUUUGUUUCCCAAGGUAAUUGCAGAUUCUUCGCCCUCUCAGUUUUGGUGGGAGGGUAGGAUGCUGUUUCUUCUCUGGAAGGAUGACUUCUAUUUCCCACUUGUCCAAAACAGCGGUACUUAAGCCUGGAAUAGCUUGUUGCCAGCUGUGCAGCAGAGCAAAAUGAUCAGACUAUAUAUACACAAUCUGAAAGCUAAAAAUGAUUGUUUUUAAAUAUAUCUAGUGAAGCUUUAGAGACACAACUUGCCUGGUCUAAAAAUACUUUCUGAAAACUGAGUGCCUAGAGCAUGGGUAGGCAAACUAAAGCCUGGGGGCCGGAUCCAGCCCAAUUGCCUUCUAAAUCCGGCCCACGGAUGGUCUGGGAAUCAGCAUGUUUUUACAUGAGUAAAAUGUGUGCUUUUAUUUAAAAUGCUUCACUGGGUUAUAUGUGGGGUAUAGGAAUUUGUUCUUUUUUUUCUUCUUCUUCAAAAUAUAGUCUGGCCCCCCACAAAGUCUGAGGGACAGUGGACCGGCCCCGUGCUGAAAAAGUUUGCUGACCCCUGGCCUAGAUAAUUAACGGAGGGCGUGUUAAGCAGUUAACAUUAUAAAAGCUAAGCAAGCCUUGCAUUGCUCAGUACUGAUAGCCUUGGACUUCCAUGCAAGUUGUUCUGAGCUUUCCAAAGAAUAAUAUGUAUACUUUGAUUUAAUUAACUAAAUCUAAAUCAAGGCAUAUCAAUGGAGAUUUGUUUGGUGCAAUUCAGAGACAGUACAAGAUGCUUUUGUGUUUCUUUACAGUCCAUGACGUUCUCUCUUUUUUUAUUUCUUUAAAAGCCUGCUCUUAUUAUUGGUUCUGGAUUCUGUAAUGGAUUCCACAAGGAUUCCCAUCCUUAGUUUCUCUCUUUUCAGAUAAGAACUGUCAGUUUAUAAAUAGUUUUAGUUGUUUUAGUUUCACUCAGAAUAUGCAAAUCCUUUCCAUCAAGAAGAUACAGUGGAAUUUCCCUGAUGAGUAAAGAGAUUAGAGAGAGAGUUACAAUAUGGCUCUUUAGAAAUCACUUUCCCACCCCAAACUAGACAAUAAUACAAUGGUGUGAGUCAGUGCUUUUGGUUUUAUAUCUAAAUUGUGCUUUUCAGGAACAGAGGAGAUUGAAGGAUUUGAAGUGGCUCCCUCACUGUCAGCUACACCAGCCACAAUGAACGUCCUCUCUACACCAAACAGCCAAUGUGUAGGAAUGGGAAGUGAUGUAGACAACAAACCUUCCAGUGUUACACUACAAAAGUCUUCUGGCUCAUCAAGUCCAGAGGAACCUGCAGGUUCCUGGUGGCGAAACUAUGGUGACGAGAGCAAGGAUUUUAGUGACAUUUAUGAAGAAACUUCAGAUAACUCAUAUCAUAGGUAAGUCAAAGCAAAGAUUCUAAUAACUCUUCUACUCAACUGUAGGAACUGCUUCUACUAUAAAUCACUGCAAACAAUACCCACCGCCUCCAAAAAAUUACCCUAGAUCUAUAGGAUAUGAAUGGAUUUUGGAAGCACAGUUUCUGGUUUGCCUGCAAACAAAUUGACCUUCUAGUCUAGCCAUGCAAUUGCAGAGUCAGCUAGCUUUAUAUGCUCAUAGACAUUUUAAUUUGGAUGAGUUAGCCACAAAAGUCAGGCAGGUUGUUGAAUAAAGUAAAGGGUAAAGGGAUCCUUGACCAUUAGGUCCAGUUGUGGCCGACUCUGGGGUUGCAGCGCUCAUCUCGCUUUAUUGGCCAAGGGAGCCGGCGUACAGCUUCCGGGUCAUGUGGCCAGCAUGACUAAGCCGCUUCUGGGGAACCAGAGCAGCGCACGGAAACGCCGUUUACCUUCCCGCCGGAACGGUAACUAUUUAUCUACUUGCACUUUGACAUGCUUUCGAACUGCUAGGUUGGCAGGAGCAGGGACCAAGCAACGGGAGCUCACAGCGUUGCGGGGAUUCGAACCGCCAACCUUCUGAUCGGCAAGUCCUAGGCUCUGUGGUUUAACCCACAGCGCCACCCACGUCCCAUUGUUGAAUGCAGACCCUUUAAUUCAGUGGUAGGGUACAGCACAAUAAUGGUAAGCACAGCUGCAAACAUUUUCAUCUGGCCACAGAUUUUCCAAAAUAUGACUUAAAUUAAAACUAAUUUUUGCUCUCUGAGGUUAAAAGAUCAGCACUGUACCAAAAAGAAAGAAAGAAAAAGAAAAACCACAGAAAAUUGUUGUCUGUGCAUAAAACUAAAAUAAAUACCUGAACCCAUGUCAAGUUCACUUGAGAACUAACACUUCAUUGAGAUAAUAUAUUUGCCUCAAGAAUGUCUGUUUUCUGUGAUAAAAAGCAAUGAGUAGUUCAGUUGAGUGGAAUAUCCUAUCUUUAAAUUUGGUAAUCAACAUUUUAAAAACAAUUACCUGUUCUGAAUGCACCACUACAAAUGAGAAGAGUUCCUAGUGGAAUGAUUUACACCUCUAUAAAAUUAAUUUCAAUAGCAUGGCUACCUAUAAAUUAGAAAUUUUUUAAAAAACUGUUUCUUUUAAUUUUGGUGACACCAAAUUUUGAUUUGGUUCUUAAAACCAAUUUGGUUUUUCUAUCUAACAUCGUAUCAUCUCAGGGUGGCUUACAAUAUAAUAAAACAGGAAGACAGCACUAUGAUAAGACUUAAUUCAAUGAAACUUAUAAAAGCAGUAUAAAAUACGGAACCACAACCUGGGCUCUUCAUUUGCCCAAAGAACCACAAUUCAUGCUCUUCAUUUGCAAUAACAACAUAUUUCCUGAUAAUCUCCCAAACCCCCUGGCAAACAUGAAUUUUCACCUGACACCAAAAUCCCAAUGCCAGUCAUGACUCUAGGAAGAGGAUAUUCUCUUGCUAGGGUGCCACCACAAAUAAUGCCCUAUCCCAUGUCCCCACAUAAUGCACUUCAGCUGAUUGGUAGAACAAUGAGAAGGGCCUCCACUCCAGAACUAAAAUAAUGGGCAGGCUGAUGCAGGGAGAGGCAUUAUUCAGUUGUUUAGAUCCUAAGAUGUUUAGAACUUUGUGGUAUACACCAUCUCCUUGAAUUCCACCUUCACCUUCUUCUUCUUCUCUUCUCUGGCGAUCACUCGUAGCAGGUGAGUAAGAUUGUCUUCCAUAAACACGGUUUUAACAAUGAGUCCGUAAGUGACUGUGGAGGCCAAUUCUGGAUCCACACGUCCUUCCACAGUGGGGACGUUGGUUCCGGGCAGGAGUUGAUCAUGGUGUAGAUUUGCCAAGCAUGCCUUCCUCUUAGCACGUUUCUCCCUUGCAUCCUGAGUUCGAGUGUCUUCAAAGCCCAUGACACCUUUGGUAAAGGCUGUUCUCCAAUUGGAGCGCUCUCAGGCCACUGUUUCCCAAUUGUUGGUGUUUAGUAUAAAAUGUAGUAUACAUUUUUUUAGAUUUGGCUUGAGACAGUCUUUAAACCUCUUUUGUUGACCACCAGCAUUACGCUUUCCAUUUUUCAGUUCGGAAUAGAGUAGUUGCUUUGGAAGACUGUAAUCAGGCAUCCGCACAACAUGACCAGUCCAACGAAGCUGAUGUUGAAGAAUCAUUGCUUCAACACUGGUGAUCUUUGCUUCUUCCAGUACACUGUUAUUAGUUUGUUUGUCUUCCCAAGUGAUGUGUAAUUUUUUUUUGGAGGCACUGUUGAUGGAAUCUUUUGAGGAGUUGGAAAUGGCGUUUAUAAGUGGUCCAUGAUUCACAAGUAAGGUUGGUAGGCAGCCAGUAAUAAAUUGUCCAGAUCAUAAAGAAGAAGGUAUAUCUAGGUCUAGUAUAACGUUGUGAAAUAUUUAAGCCUGUAAAUUUGUGUGCUUUGGACUGGCAAAAUACAUUAUGCAUUAAUCCAUACAUGGGAUGUUAUUGGAAUUCUUCACAAGCCUAAUUCCAAGGGAAAUGAUUGAAUAAGGGAAAUUACAAGGGAAAUAACUGAAUAAGUCUCCAGUCCUAUAUACUUACCUGGGAGAAAGUCCCAUUGAACUUAAUAUGACUGACUUCUGAGUAGACAUGUGUAGGGUCUUCUGGCUCCUUAAAAAAGAUUUAUUGUGUGCCAUAGCUAAUGUUGUAAUAAGCCUUUAAGGAACUAUGAGACUCUUUAGAAUUUCAGAAAUCCAGAGUUGUAGAAUGUCCUAAUUCCUUAUGACACCUGAAAGUACAACCAGAUCUCUCAUGAGGUGGCCGUCAUAUGAUCAUAGUAGCAGUGGUUGUUUUCUGUCUCUGGCAUAAAGAUGUUUUGGGCCAGGCUUUAUUUUCUAGUUUCAACUUUGUGAUGGCAAGUUCAGGAUGACUUUUUACAGGGUUGUUUUUAGAAGAGGUAGAUACUGGAGUCUUGAUUUCUGUAUUAAUCUUUAUUUACCGUACACAUUAGAGCAUACAGGCUUUAUGAAGCUGAUGGUUAUACUACAGUUUCCUUCUAUGCCUGCUAAUUCUGACUUUUGACUGAAAAGGCUUGGUUUCAGUUACAUAGCCAGUUUCCUUUUCAUAAUCACUAUUUUCUUUAGGUGGAAUUUUAUGCUAAUCGGUACCCAAUUAAUGCUUGCUUGAUAGAAUGAGUGUCCAAAGUACUGGUAUGUGAGCUUAAUUUUACAUUUCUAAUCAGAACCUUAAUACGGUAGUUUUCUCUGUAAAAGAUAAACAAUCCAAAAAGGAAGUAGGUACUUUUGGUUUACGCAUUUAAACUUUUUCCUUCGCUAUCAAUAUAGAUCAAGGCAAUACUGCAUUAACAUAUUCUUUUGAACUGCAAAUUCAGUGAAUUUAGGGUGUAACAUUGGAACUGUUAUUUGUAGUGGAAAUUGGGGGAAUAAACCUUAGCUUUUUGGCUGACCUCAGUUACAGACAAUUUCUCAUUCCUGUUUGUUCCUGGAUGGAACUUCUCACCUUCUCCAGUUGUAGCACAGAAGUUGUUAUUCUUCUGUAGCUCAAAGCAAGCAGCUCAAAGCAUGCAAUGUGAAACUGCAGAUUAAAUGGCUUAAACCUAACAUGUUUAUUCAGAAGCAAAGCCCAGCAAUUUUCAGUUGGCUUUACUUUCAUGAAAGCAUGCUUAGGUAUGCAGCCCAAGAUAGAACUUUUGGACAGGAAGUGAACAUGCUUUACUACAGUGGAGAACGUAUUGGAUAAUGCAUGGAAAGUGAUAUUUGUGACCGGGUUGCAUUUGGACCUAGUUUAAAGGUAAAGGGACCCCUGACCGUUACGUCCAGUUGUGGACGACUCUGGGGUUGUGGUGCUCAUCUCGCUUUACUGGCCGAAGGAGCUGGCGUACAGCUUCCGGGUCAUGUGGUCAGUAUGACUAAGCCGCUUCUGGGGAACGAGAGCAGCACACAGAAACGUUGUUUACCUUCCCAACGGAGCAGUACCUAUUUAGGGAACCUGUUUAGGGAAGCUUUUAAUAGGUUAUUGUAUUUUAGUGUUUUGUUGGAAGCCACCCAGAGUGGCUGGGGAAACCCAGCCAGAUGGGCGGGGUAUAAAUAAUAAUAAAUAAUAAAUAAUAAUAAUUAUUAUUAUUAUUAUUUCUCUACUUGCACUUUGACGUGCUUUCGAACUGCUAGGUUGGCAGGAGCAAGGACCAAGCAACAGGACCUCACCCCCCCCGUCACAGUGAUUCAAACCACUGACUUCCUGAUUGGCAAGCCCUAGGCUCUGUGGUUUAGACCACAGCACCACCCAUGUGCCUAAACCCAGUUUAGUGCACCCUAAAACAAGGCUGGGGAACCUGUGGUCCUCUGAUGGCAUUGGACUCCCAACUCCUACCAAUCUUUACCAUUGGCCAUGCUGCAUGGUACUGAUGGGGAGUCCAAUGACAACUAGAGGGCCAACGGGUUUCUCAGAAGCCAGGCACUACCGGUAUAUUGUAAAGGCUGCCAGUUUUCAUACAAGCUUUGUUUCUUAUGAUUUGUGGUUGCACAGCUGGACUUUUGUCACUCCAGCAUCGUAUUAGUGGGAUGCUCUUCCUAAAGAGGUCUGCACACCCACCUCAAUGCCAAUGAUCAAACUUGAUGAUUCAGAAAAGCCUUUGGGGUUAUUUGAACUAGGCUGAACCAUCACAAUGGCUUCUACGGCUUUUUGCUGGCAUUUAUUUUGUUUUUACCAGUUGUAUGGAUUUUAAAUCAAGUUGUUUGCAAGCUGCUUUGGUCAUCCCCCUCCCAAAAGGUGGACUAUAAACGUUUUAUUAAAUUAAUAAACAAUGCAAGACUUGGAAUGCCUUCUAAGCACUGUUUAUGAAAAAUACUUCUGAGCUCUAUAUAUAUAUUUAGCCAUAUCUGGAGACCUUAGUGCACAUGCCACUAAAAAAUAGGUUGGCCUUUAACCAGGGGCAUUCUGAAAAUGUCAAAUCGGGGGCAUUCUGUGUAAGUCUGGAUUAUAAUGCUGCAGUCGAACCCCUUUAAAGGAGUUCAAGAUUUCCGUGCAAAUCUCUUCGCUGAAAUCUAGGCUGGAACUUUUCCAAGGAGGAAGGGAAGAAGCAUCGCCGCCUGUGUAUUGUGAGGGAAAUCCGAGACUAGAUGCCCAGAGGAGAAGAAAAAAAUCACAAGCCUCUGGCCGCUUUCGUUUUUUUCGGCGCCUAAACAAGGUGGUUGUGUGAAUUGGGUGGGAAAGCGAGGCUUUCUUUCACGUCUCUUCACCAUAAGCUAAGCAUCCAGACACCUCGUCGGUUGGAACCGUCUGCCGAGACUCCCUGCCAGGGAGGAAGGUCAGAGGGGUGCUUGAACAAAAGGAGCGCCAGCAGGGCUAGGUUGGAAAUCUGAUCGGGUGCGACACAAUCUCCCCUUGUCUCCGCUUCAGAAUCAAAGUCCCCUCGACGGCUGGAAUGGGGGUGUGUUUUAUUUCGAAGGGGCUGCUCAAUUUGCGAGAAGGGCUAAUCCAGCGCACUAGUUUAUUCUACCUCGUUAAACUUUUCUUCACUUCUUCACCUUCGCGCCUAUCCUUCCACAGAGAGGUGGAGCAGCUUCAGGUCGUCCCUUCUCUUAGCUGCCUGAGCCAACCCGCUUUGCAAACGAAAUGCCCAGUUAGAUCAUAAUUUUAGCUUUUCCUCCAAAGCCGGGCUUUGGUUCGGAAAGUUCACCCGGUUCAGCACCGCUGUUCUCUUGGAAGAGGCCCGCUGAAGUUGGAGUCAGAGGAUCAUGUGCACAAUUUAGGCGCAGUUGGCAACCGCGGAGCAUCCGGGUGCGCAGGAAUGGUAACGCUCCAGAGGAUGCCCUUGGGGCGGUGGGAUUAGUUCGAGGCUAUUCCGGGCUCGGUAGGCUGUGAGCUGUAAUUUGCUUUGAAUUGUAGUCCCGGAGGGCGUCUUUUUCCCGGCGGGAGGGGGGCCUUCAGUGAGAUGGCCGGUACUGCAGCCUCAAUCGAUGAAUGAAAAGUUGUGUUAGCAGUUGGGAGCACUUCUCUUGCAAAUGUGUUCUUUUUUCUUUCUGUUUUAAGGGAGCCUUUCUCACCAAACUUACUUUAUUUUAUUCUGUCCUCCCCCAAAUCCACGUGCUAUACACGGACAUGUUAAAAGUUAGGCUCGCUCCCAGUAGGACAUUUUCACUUGCUUUUCUUUCUCCCCUCCCACUAUCGUUGCCCGCGCAGGCGCCAUGGGCGGGGACGGGGGCAGCUGCCCCACAUCAAGUAAAUAAAUAAAAAUUACUAACUAAACUAACUGACCAAUUGCGUCGCAGAUAAUUUGGUUCUGCCUCCCCCCAAAAAAACGCAAGGCCUCCCCACCCCCAAUAAAUCUUGGCUACGUCCAUGACAGGCGCCCCCGACCAAGAGACUUGUGCAACGGUUUUAAAGUGGCAAGCGGUCUUUUGCACGCCUACUCGGGAGUAAGCCUGAUUGAAUCCCUUGGGGUUUACAAGAAUAAAUAUGCACGAUAUAUCGGCUUGCCUAACAGAAUCGCUGGACAGCCUGUGUCCUACCUAACGAGAGAUGACCGUGAUAGGGCGGGGGACUUUUAUUCUGACACCUUAGCCUGGGUAGGUGGACAAGCGGGCACAUCGGAUGUCAUUAUUUGGCAGCAGAUAAAAGUCACUGGCCUUAUUAAUACUAAGCAGAGAGCUACUAUGAUUGUAGUCUGUGUUAGUGAAUGGCUGGCUUCCCCCACCAGCACUGGUUAAAAACACCUCAGGUGAUACCAUCUUUUGACAACAGGUAAGACUCUUUUGUUCCUCCCCUCCCGCCUUGCUUUUAAACCUCUGGAGCAGUAAGUGCGCCGCUUUAGAGGCUCCCGAGUGCUUAGCAUGCUUGUAAAGAGUUAAGACCCACAGAGCCCAGCGAGAGUUUUGAGUAAAAACUCGUUUAGGAACUCGCUGUUAGUAAUGGAUGCGAGGUGCAGUGGAACCUUCUCUUUUAAGAUGAGUUGGAAAGGGAACGUUUUGUAUUUGUGCUCAGUAGGAUAUGUGUAAAUAGCAAAGUCAAUUAUAUUAGGAUUUCACCGGCUCGGUUUGUUUGGGGUCUGGGGGACACCUUGCAAGCUUUAUAGCAGGGGUGGGGAGGAAGGGUAGGUGUUUUAGGGUGGUAGUGUAGUAUUAAAGUGUUCAGCCUUCUUCGCCAUGCCGACUUGAAGGUGAUUUUGUCUUGCAUUCCUGAAAUGUGCAAAGAGGAAGAAGUAGGAGACUUGUUGCUUUCUUUUUCAUAAUUAUUUACUUAGGGUUGCAUCUUCUUUUAAAUAUCGUAAGGAAAAGGCUUUAUACAGCGCACCCCACUCCCCUUAAUAAUUUGAUCUCACUGGGGAAUGUAUGACCUCAUGGAACCUUCUUUAGGCUCUCCUGUGAAAAGAAGACAAUGUACUGUAUUUACACACACACAAAUAUAUAUAGCAAAACAGCUGAUCUGGGACUCCGCAGGGGGAAGCAGCUGCUGUGCUGGUAGUUUUUGAUUUGGAAAAAUAGCUGAUGGAGAAAGGGUUAAGUAGCUCUCCCCCCUACUAUUCAACCCUCCUCCUAGAGGUCUUUUCACUAAAAAAAACACAGUGGCAUGCAUGAGAUUUGGGGAGCUUGCAGACAGGUGCUUGUGGGAUGGGUGCUCUUGAUGUAUGCAUUUUUUUUUUUGCGGUUUCCACACAACAUUGUUGGUAUAAGAAUGGCAGCCUGUAUUCUUCCCCCAAUCUCAUCAGGAUUUACCCUGUCUGGGUUUAAAAUAUAUCUAUACUGUAUAUCUAAUUAAGUUGUCUAAAAAUUUGCCAACAACUCAAUACAAAUCCCUGUCUGGAAGCACCUAUGGGGUUUGCUGUACAGGUGGAUUUUCCCAGUAACACAUUAAUUGUUGGUUGUAUUGAUUUAAGUAUUCCCCAUAAGCAACUUUCUGAAUUUUUGCUCAGUUUAAAAAAAUAAAACUUCCUCUUUAUCUAUCGCUUACAGUUUGCAUAUGAAGAGUCACGUUAAUAGAAAUUGUUGCUAACUAAAUCUGUAAAUGCUUGCUUCUUGUAACAUCCAUAUGAGCAUGUGCCUGAGGGUGGCUAUGACUGCUAGUUCAGACAGAAAAUGAAUUGUGAACAUAAUCUCCUGUAUAAGGUUUAUUUUUUGUGGGUUGCAAAAAGUUGUGGUUAAUUAGGUAAUUCUAAUCUAUAAAUCUUACAUAAUUAAAGUUGUUUCUGCAUAUUUGCUGCUCACUGAUUUUGGUAGUUCUCUAUAAAUUGUUGAUGAAACUGGACUCUAAAUCUGAAAGUGAGGUCUAAACUUUUAAUUUCCCAGAUGACCCACUAGCUUCCAAGGAACUACUUGGAAUGACUACUUGGCUUUAAUAAUAAUAAUAAUAAUAAUAAUAAUAAUAAUAAUUUAUAAUGUAUACCCUGCCCAUCCGGCUGGGUUUUCCCAGCCACUCUGGGUGGCUAAAUUUAUUUAGUUGUGUAUAUAAAUUUCUGUAGGUUUAGCACAAGCCAGAAAAAGGCAAGCUCACUCACCCAAUUAAUUUCAGUGGGACAUCAACAAACAUUUUCUGGUUAGAACUUGUAUCUAUAGUUGUAAAAUUACAGCAUAAAGAAAUCUUGGUUGUUGAGAAGGCUAACAGAAUGUUAGUGAGGAGCCAUGUUUUGUUAACCCUAAUAUACUAGUAUAUUCUGUAACCUUUUUUAAAUGAAUUCAAGUCAAUUUAUGUGAGAUGCAUUAGAGCAGCUCAUAUACUUUUAGUGUUCUCGGCUUUGAAAAAAUUAAUUUUUUUCUGACCUGCUUAUGCUUUCUUCUGACACACAGCAGCUAGAAGCAUCCCUUUUAAUGAAGGCAAUAUUGGUGCUUGUUCAUUGUACAUACCUUUCACACAAGUUGUGAAGCCUCCAUGGAAAAUUAGUGUUAACGUUCUGUAAUUAUAGGUCAUUUAUGGAACCAAAGUUUUGCUUUGUUUUUGGGGUCUCCAGUAGUUGACCGCUACAUUGUAUGCUGAGCACUGUGAUCAUUUAUUUAAUGGGCUAGUAUCUUUUAGUGGUAGCUAUAGGGGUAAUCCAACAAAAGUAACUCAUUGAGUUCCAUUGAUUUCAGUGGGUGAGAGGUUGUAAUCAACAUGUAAAUUAAUAUGUAGUAAUACUGUAUACUAAAGCAAGUGUAUUCACUAUUGUAUUUUGGAGAGCUGAACUUUCAGAAGCAUGUAAAGUGGAAAACUUUUAAUAAAGAGUUAGCAGGGGGGAAAGAGGUUAGACAGAUAUACCUCCAGGAUACUUUAGGUACAAGACGUUAUGUUUUGUCAGGGUUGGGCAACCAUUGGAACCUUCCAGUCUGAUAAGUCUACAUGACCUUUUGCUAGUCAUUGUGGCAUGCCAUUUAUUUUUUAUUUGUAUUGUUUUCCUAAAGGAAUUGCCAUCAUCAAGACAGCCACACUCUGCUGAGGCAGGGAUUCUGUUCCACCCAGGAACCUAGCCGAGAAAGGCCACAAAAUUUAUCAGCUUAUUCUUUCCAGCCACCAACCCAAAGCCCUUUUUUCACCUUCUAAAACACAGGACAAUUGUGAAAUCUUCCCCAUGAGUGUCAGUAACCUCCCAUCCGUGUCCUCUAUGUAUCAACCAAGCAUGUUUAACUAUGAGCGUCCAAAACAUUUUAUCCAGUCUCAAAAUACAUAUCAAGGGAAACCACAGCCUCCAGGACCAGAAACCUCUACUACGCUUCCAAGCAGGCAAACCAAACAGUCUUCCAUUCUAAUCCAGCCUUGUAAUCCUAAUGAGAAGAAGUUUUCUUCCUCUUCAUCGCUGAGCUCGCCAAUCUCACUCUCCUCACCUUCAUAUAGUGCUUCAUUUCCCGUAACACCUGCAUCUGCACAGUCUCCUGCUAGCUCCUCAUCUGGGCAGAGGAUUUCAUCCAUGCAUAACCAGUCCCCUGCGGCAUUCCUUUGCUCCGUGUUGCCCUCCCACUUUGAUUAUAAUAGCCAAGGUCCUUCCUCAGUGGAGUCAAAGUAAGUAUGUUCUUUCCCUUUGAAGUAUGUGUAUGUAUGGCUCUUGAAAACCCUUGGCCUGUUUCAUCCUGUGCUCCCAUGUACUGUACUCAGCUUCAAGUGUUGACUCUGGAGACAGGAGGGGAAACCAGGAAUGGCAACCUUGAGAAGUGCCCUUCAUUUUGCAAAGUCUGCUUUUGCUUUUCUAAAUGCCAAGGGACGGGAGGUAUGAGGUAUGAGACAUGAGACUUCCCAAAGCUUAGUAUAAGAGAAGGCAGAACAUGGUUGAAAAAUAAAAGUAGUUGCAGAAUGUCCCAUUCUGUUUUUUAGUUGGAUACUUAAACCAGGCCCCAAAUGCAUGAUUAUAUCUGUGCUCUUCACCUCAGUCUCUCCACCCUGGCCUCCUGGUUGGUGUAUGACAAAAGCCAUGUCUGUUAAGGGAUCCUUUUUAAAGACAGGAUAAAUUAUCUUAAGCCAGAUACGUAUCCCUUACAUUUUUCCAGGUUUUAAACAUGAAUUGUGGCUCUGUCUUUUUGUGAAAAUAGGUGGGGGGACUGCUUGACUGAUUUAUGUGUUGAUUGACUUUAGUAGGGCAACCCCCACCAAGCAAAUUUGCUACAAUCCUAAGCAGACCCAAGUCCAGUUGAACUCAAGAGUUACUUCUGGGUAAAACAUGCUUAGGACUGUACUGUUAAAUCAUAACCAAAGUUAGUCUUUCACUGUGUUUUGGUUUCACCAGAAGCAGCUUAGUCAUGCUGGCCACAUGACCCGGAAGCUGUACGCCGGCUCCCUCGGCCAGUAAAGUGAGAUGAGCGCCGCAACCCCAGAGUUGUUCGCGACUGGACUUAACUGUUAGGGGUCAUUUACCUUUACCUUUUUUUUUACUCCCCACUGAGGAUGUCUUGAAUUUCCGCCUUAGCGAUAAUUCCUCAUAGAGUAGGAAUUAAGCCAAGCAAAUUACACAAAACAAGUGGAAUUAUUCCCUGCAUACAAUCUAUCCCUCAGUGGAGAUAAUUCCUGCUCUCCAGUAUAUUAUGGUUUUGAUAAUGUAUAUUUAGAGCAGACAAAUAUAUAACAGAGGAAAUUGAAGAAUGAAAACUCUCUCCCGGUACCCUUAAAUUCUUUGAAAUGUUUUAUUGACAGUCAGCUUUCUUGAAAAACGAGCUUCAUACCAAUUAGGAUAAGUGUUUUGUUCCCAGAAUAAAGGACAACUCUUGGUAGUGCCCAGACAGAACACAAUGUUCCACCUUCCUUGUCUCUCCAAACAACCCUUUCUUGCUGUGCUUUGAAAAGCUGUGGCAUUCAUAUUCUGCAUAAUAUCUGAAGGGCACAAAGGAGCGCCAAUGGCAGGAGUGUUUCCUAAUCAUAAUAGGGCUGAAAUGCAGGUGCUACAAAGGCAAGAAUUUGUCUGUAAGGGUUACACAUUCCUGCAUUAGCCAGCAUAAUACAUGAUACGUAUAAAAUACUUUGCAUUCCUUUAAUGCUUUUCAUUGUAAAAUUGCUAAACAUUUUGCCAUUAUUUAAGUUCUCAGAGGUGGAUAAUCCUCCAAGACUAGGACUGCAACCCUAAGUAUGGAUACCUAGAAUCAAGUUCUAUUGCAAUCAGUAUGACGGAAUUGCAAGUAAAUGUGUACAGGAGUUGAGUGUGAGACAACAGACAGAAGACCCAGUGGAGGACUGUUUGGGGAAGUAGCAUGCAAAUAUAGUAGAAUCAGGAUUCCUGGUGUUGGUGAAUCCUGCUGUGAAAUUAUUAGGAGUGAAUUGCCAAGAAGCUCUAAACUAAAAAUGCCAAAAAAUUCAGGGCUCACAGAUUGAGAGCUAAUCCUGAGUCUUCCUUCAUAAAAUAAAAAGAUACUCUUGCAAUUAUCUGUUCAGAGACAGAUUCCUUAUGUCUCAGUCUUAAAAAUAAAUCAAAAGUUCAAUUUUGGCCAUACCGGAUGUCCCUGUUGGCACAUGACUUAGCUCUCUUUUCUAUAAAAAAAUAGUCCUAGGUUGCAGAAAAUGAAAUGACACAAGUAAGCUACUGGCAGUACAGUGGUACCUCGGGUUAUGAACUUAAUUUGUUCCGGAGGUCUGUUCUUAACCUGAGGUACUAAUUUAGCUAAUGGAGCCUCCCACUGCUGCUGCGCUGCCGGUGCCCGAGGUACUACUUCCGGGUUAGUGGAGUUCAUAACCUGAAGUGUUUGUAACCCGAAGCAUUUGUAACCCAAGGUACCACUGUACUCAAUGUAUGUACCUAUUGAGGCAACAUUCAGUAUAUGUACCUAUUAGUAUUAAGUAGCUUGGAGAAUGCCCAGAAAAUAAGGGGCGGACCAAUAGCUUGUGCCUUCUUCCAAACAUUAAUUAUAAUAUGGGGUCAAAUAUGUGGCAGGUGCCAUUGCCACCCAGUAAACUGCAUAAGCCUUAUUCACAUCUUACUUUCAUGUAGCAUGUUACUGUGAUUACUUUAGAACUGGGUCUAAAGUGCCACUUGCUUGGAUCACACAUACCUGCUACACGUGAGCAGGAACAUGUGUGUUUGGCUUUCAUCUCAGACAACCAUGAGCAGCAUGUGGUUGUUUGGGGAAGGAGACACCACAUCAGAAGUGUGGCUAGAAGCGCAGCCCCACUUGAAAGUAGUUGCAGUAAUAUCCUGUGCAUGAGUAACAUGUGACUAUGGCUACCAGUGUGUCUACAUAUGGUGUUGAUGUUGUCUUCUGGCACAACAACUGAGUAGCAAGACAAACUUCUAAUGGAGCUGCCUUCAGUAGUAUGUCUUGUAUCCAGCUCUAAAUAGCUACCAAUUUCACCUUUCCCCUUAAAUUAGCAGUUAUUCGAAGCCUAUGUACAAGAAGCAAACCAGCAGCACCAAACCAGUGCAGAAGACAUCUGACAGAGAGAUACAAGGAACGAAAGACGCCCUCAUUCAAGACUUGGAAAGGAAACUACGAUGUAAAGACAGCCUUCUCCAUAACGGGAACCAAGUAAGAGAUGUAUAUUAUCUGGCAGAGGGGAGCUUGCAAGUUAAGUGACUGAGCUGGAUGGCUCUGAGCUUAGUUACCGUGCAGUUUGUGCAUCUUAAGCCAGGCAUAGCCAAUGUGGGGCCCUCUCUCUUAACUCCUAUCAGUCCAAACCAGUAUGGCUCAUGUUUUACUAAAACAUGAGGGCACCAUGUUGUCUCCGCUGCAUUAAACCAAUUUAAUUAGCUAUAGCCCAUCUCUAAAACUUAUUUGAUGUGUGAUCAAAUAUUUAUUUCAUGAAUUUUAUAUAUUAAAAACAUUUUAAAAAUUAGCAAUAAACUAAAAACGGAUUACAACACACAUCAGUAUACUACAUGUCUGGGGAGGCUUGUCUAAUAAAUAUGAUUUUAGCAAGUGCUAAAAGAGCAUGUUGAAGACGCCUGCCUGAUGUCCGUAGGCAGGAAGUUCCAAGUGUAGGUGAUGCCACACUAAAAGAUUGAUUUCUUACAAAUGCAGACUCGAGAUUAUGUGACACCUAUAACACCUGUAAUGUAUGUUGAAACUGCCAUUCAAACUGUGUCAAUUGAGAAAGACAUUCUCUAGAUUAAUUUAGGAGUACUUUUAAUAUCAAAGGCAAUCAUUUCAGAAUUGGGAAUGAUUUCACUGAAGUGCUGUCCUCCAGAGCUAUUGAGCUCUGGCAACAGAGUGGCUUCUUAGAGAUAAAUUGGCCCUUGAGUCACCAGUGCUUAAUUUCUGAUCAAGUGCCAUUCAUGGAUGUAAUCCUGUAAUUUACAGUUGAUGCCAAAGCCAUAACCUGAUCAAAGUCAAAGCUAAAAUCCUAUGGCAAGGAUGUGAGAGAGAUUAGUUUAACCACCAGGAUCUCAACCACGUAUGUCAGACUAUGCUGUAGCAGACAGUUAACUACUAGGGUCGCGCUGAAAAUGUCACUUCUGUGUUGAGUUUUCCCCUGAUGUCAACAUCACCUUACCCUGUAUAUGUCAUUAAUAUAUGUUUUUCCAUAGCAGUCAUCUAGGAGAAGGUGAGGGUAGCAAGCACAUUAUGAUUUUGAGUAGAUUGAACUGGAUUGACACUGGGUACAUUCAAUUAGAUAUUGAAAGAGGAGAAGAAGGAACUCCACACAAGGCUGUUACUUGCCACAGUAACCCCAUGAUUUUACCCUGCUUACACCUAUUUAAAAGAAGUGGUGUUGCACUUCAUGCAUCUUGUCCCAAAAGACAAUGGAUUUGAGAUCUGAACCUUUGCACCCAUUGAGCUUGCCCAGAACACUUGUAGUACACUAACUUAUUAUUGCUCUUGCUUUAUGUAUUGGCCCAGGCUGAAUCUAUCUCAAAUGAGUUAAAGCUUCUAUUUAACUUCCCAGAUCAUGUAUUUUAUAGUUUAUUCAUUCAUCAGGUAGCUUGAAUUGUGUAACAACCAUUAGUAAUUUGCCAAGUACUCUCAAGCAGUGUGUGUGUGUGGGGGGGGGAUAUCUGCCUGGAUCAGCUGUAUGUUUAGUAAUAAAGGUAAAGUCCAGUCAGAGUCAAUUGGGGUGCGGCGCUCAUCUCGCUUCAGGCCGAGGGAGCCGAUAUUUGUCCAUAGAUAGCUUUCCAGGUCAUGUGGCCAGCAUGACUAAACUGCUUCUGGCGCAAAGGGACACCAUGAUGGAAGCCAGAGCGCACAGAAACGCCGUUUACCUUCCCACCGCAGCUGUACCUAUUUAUCUACUUGCACUUGUGUGCUUUCAAACUGCUAGGUUGGCAGGAGCUGGGACAGAGCAACGGGAGCUCACCCCGUCGCAGGGAUUCGAACUGCCAACCUUCCGAUCAGCAAGCCCAAGAGGCUCAGUGGUUUAGACCACAGCGCCACCCACAUACCUGUUUUGUAAUAAGUCCUCCCUUGGCCUAAGCCCUGAGAGACAUGCAUGUGGAAUGGAAUCCAGAGCUAGUUUUAUUCUUGUUAAUGUGUCCCUUGGUUCUCCUGACUGCAGUGAAGAGAUCCCCUGAGUAAAUCAAGUAUUGGAAUACUUUAAGGCAUUCAUGGGCUUGUCUUGCAGUUAUCUCUUCAUGUAGUUAGCUCUGUUAUGCUGAAUAGGAAUUAGAAGUUCAAACAGCAUUAAACAGCCUUUUCUAACUAACCCUUUCUUUUGCUCUGUGUUUAGCGUUUAAGCUACGAGGAGAGAAUGGCUCGCAGGUUACUUGGACCAGAAAAUGCUGCAUCUGUGUUUGAACCACAGAGUGAAGAAAACGUACAGGAUGCACAAGUAAGGUUUUUAAAAAUAUAUAUAUAUAUUCACAGUCCAGAACAUAAAUUGGGAUUUCCAAAAAUAAAAUAAGACUGGGGGUUAGUAACUGAUAAUAGUAAUAUUUGUUCCUACUGUCAUCCAUACGACCUAGCAGAAUUUUUUUCUGAACAACAUUCAAGGGAUGGAUAUUAGGAUUCUUCAUUUGAGGAAUAAAGAUACAUUACGCUGCCCAAGACAAGACAUGGAUUAGGUAACACGUGUGUCCUCCCUCCAUAGUUUCCCAUGUUACCAUGGUAACAUAAGGAUAAGACCACUUCACAAAUGGCCUGUCAUGGGUCACUGCAAUAUGCAUAAUAAAUACAUAUUCAUAAUAAUAAAGACAUAUGCAGGUUAAAUGUAGGAAAGGAGGAGUACUUAUAGCCAUCUGUGGGUUCCCAUUCUGUCAUGACCCACACCAUGAGAUGAUUACUUCAGCAAGCCCAAGAGGCUCAGUGGUUCCCAUGCUGUCAUGACCCGCACCAUGAGAUGAUUACUUCAGCAAGCCCAAGAGGCUCAGUGGUUUAGACCACAGCGCCACCCACAUACCUGUUUUGUAAUAAGUCCUCCCUUGGCCUAAGCCCUGAGAGACAUGCAUGUGGAAUGGAAUCCAGAGCUAGUUUUAUUCUUGUUAAUGUGUCCCUUGGUUCUCCUGACUGCAGUGAAGAGAUCCCCUGAGUAAAUCAAGUAUUGGAAUACUUUGGAAUCUGUGGGUUCCCAUGCUGUCAUGACCUGCACCAUGAGAUGAUUACUUCAGCUGACACGUAUAGUUGGCUUGUAUAAUGGCUAGUACAUCUACCUUGCUUCUAGAAUUUGCACCGGAUAGUGAUUCCUUACUGCAUAGAAAAUGCUAAAUGGUUACCUGGAAGAUCCAACAAAGCUGUCAGACCUCUUUGUCUUUCACCUUGAGGUGAUUUCUCUCCCACACCGAAUUAUUGUGACUCAAAUAUAGUUAUAAAAUAAAUCCCAAUAGUACAGCAAAAUUUUGAUCCAGUUCACUGUGGCAGAUGCUCAUAGUGUAUUGCUGCUCAGAUGUGGCCACAGUGGCUUUCCGUAGCCAACAGGACACAGGAAGAAGUGGAGUGAUGGGAAGAGAGCACACAGAGCCAAGGAAGUUGUAGGAGUGAUGCAGAACACAGCAUGCAGAAGGAUGAUGGUGAGCAGAAUGGGCUGCACUGUAUCACUGAGCAUCCUAAGUGCAGAUGCUUCUCUUUUUCAAUGGAACAAUUGAGCCAGGAAAUGCGCUUCCCCUCUGCUGUUGGAACAAUGGGAUCUGACUGAGGCCCCAUAUACACUACCAAUUUAAAGCAGUAUUGUGCCACUUUAAAUAAUUUUGUCGUUCCCAAAAGAAUCCUGGGAAGAGUGGUUUGUUAAGAGUGUUGAGCGUUGCUGGGUGACCCCUAUUCCCCUCACUGAGCAAUCUUCAAAUUAAUUUAACAAUCAGUGCCUCUUCUCAGGGAACUUGGAGAAUUGAAGCUCUGUGAGGAGAAAUAGAGGUCUCCUUUAAUAGCUCAGGACCCUUAAAAAAUUACACUUCCCAGGGUUCUUUGGAGGAAGCCAUGACCAUGUAAAGUGGUGUGAUGCAAAUGGGGCCUAAGACAAAGGCUGAUCUUGGCCCCACAUUACCAGUAUCUGCUCCAUUGAUGUAUAGAAAAAGUAGAAAAAAUGGGGGGAAAUGAUUGGGGGAACUAUAUCUGUGGCCAUGGUUAAAUCCCAGGUGGAGAAUUUAUUUUCGAGUGUCAGUGGCCUCUUCAGCUACUGGAUUUAUGAUUUAUUGAUGGUUGAUUAGGAUUUUAACUGGCCCAGCUUACUCCCAGUACUGGACAGAGUGGUAUGGCAAUUAAAUGGGGAGAGGAGUGAGAGACAAGGCUUUUACUUAAGGUUUUGGGAGGGUAACAGUUUAAAACAAUGGGAAGGGGUUGGGGGGAGGUAACCAAAUUUUACAUUUAAGUAGCUAAGAUAAGAUAAAAUAGAGAAAUGCAUCCAGCUAUAUCUAUAUUAGAUGUUUUCCUUACCAAGACAAUACUUAUCAAUUUGCAUCUCCAAUUUCCAUUUCAGGGUCACUUUUUGAUUUUUUUCUUCCACUCCUUUCUGCUGCAGUAUCCACCUGCUCCCUAACACUUUUGAUUAUUCCAACUCCCUUAAAAGUCUUUUCAGCCCUCUUCUGUCUCCUUGCAGCUGUUCAACUCUUCAGGUUUUUAUCUCUCUGUCUUCCCAACUUUCUGACUGAUUACCCCCCUUCUUGGAGUUUAAUGGUGUUGAAAGGCUGUAGGAGAGUCUCUGUUACCACCACACUAGUCAUAGUGUUAUUGAACCUCAGUUAUAAUUGUUUGAAAAUACUUAUAUCUCUCAAAAACUUCUAUAAAGUCUCUUAACACUGGACUCUGAAGACAAAUUUGCAAUGCCAAGUCAUUACGUUUAUGACAGGUACCCUAUUUUGAACAUAACUUAUAUAAAAGUUAUCUCAAAUAAAAACUUUUAAACACAAGGAGGAGAGUUUUAGUUAAGUGUCUAUUUCUUCUUUAAUUGCUAGGUUGCUAGGGGAACCUUUAACCUACAGUAUCCCAUUGUACAAAAUUCUCUGAGCAAAACAUCCCCAUUUACUUUUAACCUGCCUGUGAGCUUUUGACUUUCCUAUGCACAAGAGAGUUUAAAGUGAAAAGGACCAUUUUAUAAACAUCAGUACGAAAUAGCUAAAAGUCCUACUUCUUCACAAUGUAAAAUAUUGUCAGAUAUUAUCUUCUAAAAAUGCUAGCCGAUAGCUCAUUGACGUAGCAAAAUAAAAAUACCCAUGUUAGAUAGUUCAUGAGCUUACUCUGGUGUAAAGGUUCUCUUGACUGCUAAACCAGUGUUCCAAAAUGCAACUAUCAGAUGUGAAGAACUUGACAGAGUGUUAAUAUCGUACUGUGUUGGAUAUACAAAUACCUAGAACUGUUAGUGCUGCACUUCCUAUAAUUAACUGUCCUCAUUGCUAAAAUGGCAGGAAUACCACUGUGCCUGAAUUAUACCUUGUACGUAUUGAAUUCAAUUACAUCUGUUCUUUAAAAUGCUAAGAUGAGUUGUGUUAGUGAGGGAAAAAUAAAAUAAAAUCCCAGUUGCUCUCAUAAAGCCUGUGUGAUUUGGUUCUAGUGCUGUGACCUAACAGGGAAAAUAUUUUCCAGCUUAAGAUGUGCUGAUUGCCAUUGGUACCCUUUUAUGAGUGUGCACAACAGUGUGCUCUUGCCAAUACUUGACUCUAUUCCUGGUCAGCUGAAGGACACUGUGUCCCUAGCUCUCAUUUCAGAUACUCCAGUGGGAUAAUAGUCCCCCCACCCCACCCCACAACAAAGGUGACAUGUUUGCCAAAAUAGUUUGGACCAAUGGAAAGAAUUGUGUCAUUCCUCUUGCGCAUGACUCUGGCUCACAUUUGUGACUGCUGAUUAUGAUGACUUUAGGGGAUCAAUUUCUUUUAUAGUCUGCAUUAGAAAGUGCUUGUGGUUUUAAAUGAGCAGUUUGUUUCUCCAGAAAGAUUUAAGCUGUAGGAUGUUCAAUUGAGAGUCCAUCAUAUGUGUUCAUGAUUAAAGCAGUGAUCAUUACCUCUUCUGAUUUUUGCAGCAGCAGAACUUGGAAAGCACACGACUGCACGUUCCUUCAGCACAAGCAAGGUACAUAUUAUGUGCACAUUAACCUGCAAGGUGUAUGCUAAUGACAUGAGAUCUGAUCUAAACUGCAUACACUGGUUGUGUGAACUGUUACCGAUAGUGGCCAUAGAGCAAGAGUAGCCAGCAUAGUGCCCUUUGGAUGUUCUUGGACUACAGCUCCCAUCAGACCCAGCUAGCAUGGCCAGUAAAAAGGGAUGAUGGGAGCUGUAGUUGAGCAACAUCUGAAGAGCACCACAUUGGCUACCUUUCCCCAUGGUUUGAGAGCCUUGGGCAAGAGAGUCGUUUGGAGUCCCUUAAAGGUAUGAAAGCAAGUCAGGCAUCCGCAUCAUCUGGUCCAGCUGCUUGCCACAUGUGGAAGGUCUGAAGUGGGAAGCCUGCUCAUAAUCAUAUGAAGUUGAAUGCCCAAUGGGGACAGAGUUUUUAAAUCAUACACUUCAGCGCAUAUGAUUGAUUCUAAGUUCGGGAAAACAUGUAUUAUAAACAAUGUAGUUCAGUCUUCCUGUAAGGGGAAACUGUGUAAGGCACAAGAUACCACAUUAAAUACCAUGAGGCCAAAGAUGGGAGUCAUCGUAUGAAAUAUGCAUGAGUUAUUCUCUUCAACAGUCCUAGAUAGUUUAUUGCCAUAAUGAAACUGCAAAACUAGAAAUAUAAUUUUGCCUCUUUGGAAACUAUCCUCACCAGGCUAUCGUGUAAUGGAACUAUUAACACAUACUUACUGUGGGUGUGUAGGGGGAGAAAGAUUAUUAUAGGAAUACUUUAUUGCCUUGUUGAUGUGCCCUUUUAGGAGCAGGCCAUCUUCAAGAGGGGAGAGGAAUGAGCAAGGGUCAAUCCAGGAGAAAUUUUUUCAACCACGUUUUGUACAAGUGCCUGAAGACAUAACAGUUGAAGAAGGAAGAUUUUGCAGGAUUGAUUUCAAGGUAAUGUAUGAUUUCAAGCCACUUUCAACACAGCUGUGCCUCCUAAUAGAUUUAAGCAGUGCUUUUUUUCGGGGGGGGGGGAUGCAGGGGUAUGCAUACCCCUAAACAUUUAAUGAAUCCUUGUACUUUUGUCCAUUUACUGUAUUUAUUUUUCCCGAUUUGAACUAUAAAAAGGUGAUUUUCUUGAGUCAAAAUGAGAGUACCCCUAAACGUUUUUUCAGAAGGAAAAAAAACCACUGGAUUUAAGAAUUGCCUUGUUGGACCAGACCGUGGUCCAUUUUGUUCAGUGUUCUGUUUCCAGCUAUGGUCAGUCCCAUGGUUCCUAGAAGCUCACAAGUGGGGCACAGAGGUAGUAUCCUUCUGUUUUUGUUUUCCCCAAACCUCUGAAGCUUUGGAGGUAUAUUGCCUCUGAUCAUGGAAACAGGAUUAAACCUACAUCCUCCAUGAAUUCACCAAAUCUCUCUGUAAAAGCCAUCUAAGUUGCCGGCCCCCACUGCAUCUUCUACUAACAUAUUCUGAAAGUCAAUUAUGAAAUUCCAGUAAGAGGAAUUUAGGGUAUGAUUGGAAACCUUCCUGGGCUGCCUGAUCAGCCACUGCCACAAGGCAAGGCAUUUUUAAAGAAACAUAUUAACACUGCAAAAAUGUGGAGCAGUGUAUUUUCUGCAAACCGAGUGCAUACUGUAGUUUGGUUUGUGCUGUGCCUGGUAAUCUUCACAGAAAUGAGAGUCUCGGCACAAUUUUGCUAGUGUUCUUGUGACCUCCCCCCUGCACUGCCUUUUUUGUGCUUGCAUGUUGACAAAAUCUGAUAAUGGGCAGAAAAGUCUGAAGUUUUGCAGGCCACUGAGCAUUGCCCCAGUUAUCCCUUGUGACCUAGUUUUGUGUCAUACAAUUUCUUUCACACAGUCAAUGUCACACCACUAUGUGUUGUAUGUAUUUUUAUAGCACAGACCCAUUUUGUGAAUAGAAAUCACUCCUCGUCUUGUUUGUGUUAUUUUGUUAAACUAUGACAUUUAUAUAUGACAAUACUAGACUCUUUUGUAGACCAUGUGGUAUGAACGUAACUCUGUUUCUGCUUUACAGUCGUACCUUGGAAGUAAAACGGAAUCCGUUCCGGAAGUCCGUUCAACUUCCAAAACGUUUGAAAACCAAAUUGCGGCUUCUGAUUGGCUGCAGGAAGCUCCUGCAACCGAUCAGAAGCUACAGAAGCCCCAUCGGACGUUCAGGUUCCAAAAGAAUGUUUGCAAACCGGAACAGUCACUUCUGGGUUUGUGGUGUUCGGGAGCCGAAAUGUCCAAUUUCUAGGGCGUUUGACAACCAAGGUACGACUGUAUAUGUUACAAAACUGCAACCCAGAGUAACACGUACUACACAAAUCAGUCACAAUGUGUGCAGUGAUUCUGCAUAUAUAGAGUAUCAAAUGAACACACAUUGAUGUUCCCAUGCAGACUUGCCGUUUGGCAUGAAUUAUAGUACCACAAUACCUUUAUCUGACACUACCCCCUUGGUAUCUGUUGUCUUUCCCCUUGUAGGUCAGCGGCCUCCCAACUCCAGAUGUGGCAUGGUACCUAAAUGGAAGAUUAGUUCACCCAGAUGACUUCCAUAAAAUGAUCGUAUCUGAGAAAGGCUUCCACUCAUUCAUUUUUGAAGUCGUCAGGGUCUAUGAUGCUGGAACAUGGGAGUGUGUGGCUUUCAACCGUGCUGGAGAAGCUUCCUUUACAGUAAAGCUAGAUGUCAUUGGUAUGAGAGAGCUUUGUCUAUUUGGAAACAAUUUUUUGUGUCUUUACUUCAGCUGGUGCAUUUCUGUUACAAAUAUCCUUUCUUUUUGUGCUCUUUGGUAAGGGCUGCAUCUAAAGAAAAUUUCAGAAUUUUAAAUUAUUGUGACAUAAAGUCAUACCUUGUGUGCAUGACUUUCUAAAAAUGAAAUUUCUAAAUGUUAUCUACAGUGAUGGGGUUUCUAAUUCCACUGAAAGUGGGAAGCCACUACUUAGUCUCAACAUAUGAGUUUGAGAGCUGUUCUUCUGCUCCUACUCUUUUGGGUACAACACCAAAUGAAGUGUAUAGCCGGCAUGGAUGCACAGCCAUCGAUACUGAAAUAAAUAGGAAGACUAGGUUCAUAAGCAGGGCUUCUGGAUACGAAGUGAGUUCAGAAUGGAACCACUGAUGCAAGCAUGUGUGUCAAAGAUUGCACUGUCCAGGAUAUAUCUUUCAUUUGCAGCAAAAGAGGGAAACCCCAAGCAAUAGAGGAGGGAAAGCUGGAAGCAAAGGGGUAGAAGAAACUCUUGAAUAUCCUAAAUUUAAAAAAUAUUAAAUGUCAAGUCCUUCAGCAAGAGAUUUCAAAAUGCAGACUCCUAAGUCCUUAAUUCUGUUGUAUCCACUUUCUUUCUACUUUUCUGUUAGCUUCUGUAUUUUUGAAAUGACCAGAUGAAGGACCUGAUAGAUUGAAAUAUCAUAGAAUCAUAGAAUCAUAGAGUUGGAAGAGACCACAAGGGCCAUCGAGUCCAACCCCCUGCCAAGCAGGAAACACCAUCAGAGCACUCCUGACAUAUGGUUGUCAAGCCUCUGCUUAAAGACCUCCAAAGAAGGAGACUCCACCACACUCCUUGGCAGCAAAUUCCACUGUCGAACAGCUCUUACUGUCAGGAAGUUCUUCCUAAUGUUUAGGUGGAAUCUUCUUUCUUGUAGUUUGGAUCCAUUGUUCCGUGUCCGCUUCUCUGGAGCAGCAGAAAACAACCUUUCUCCCUCCUCUAUGUGACAUCCUUUUAUAUAUUUGAACAUGGCUAUCAUAUCACCCCUUAACCUCCUCUUCUCCAGGCUAAACAUGCCCAGCUCCCUUAGCCGUUCCUCAUAAGGCAUCGUUUCCAGGCCUUUGACCAUUUUGGUUGCCCUCCUCUGGACACGUUCCAAUAUGCUGGAUUAUAAAUACAUUUGGGAUAUUAAAAAUGGCUUUGUUUUUAUUUGCCUUCACUUUUAGUCUGUCAUGGCUGUAAGAUGUCAUCUUUUGUCUUUUUUUUUUUAAAAUCCAAACUUCUAUCUAGCUCGAGAACAUCGGAAAGCCCCAACAUUCAUCUUUAAACCUCAAAGCACAAGAGUUUAUGAGGGGGAUUCGGCCAGACUUGAAUGCCAAGUGUCUGCUAUCCCCCCACCACAAAUAUACUGGAAGAGAAAUAAUGAAAUGGUACAAUUCAAUACAGACAGAAUCAGGUGGGUAUCUGUAUCAUGAUGGGCCUCUCAGCUGUUCAGGAGUCAAGUUGAAUCAAAUACUGUUGGUGGGUCUAGUUUAAUGGUUUAUAAACUGAUAUGUGGUGUUUUUGGCUCCAAGCAUUGGGAAAAAGGGAAUUGCUGUGAUUUUCAGCUUCAUCACUCUUCUACAAAAAAAAGUGUUGUUCAGAAGACUGUAUUAUAGUCUGCAGUGUGGGAGAGCAUUUUUGCUUUAAGCAAUCUUGAGCUAGAUGUGGACUAGAUGUUGAAUGUGGAGAAGGGGCCCUCCAAAGUGACUGCAUAAUGGGAAUUUGCAAAAUAUUAGAAACUGUUAGGACUUGAAAAGUGGGAGGGGAUCUGCAAGAUGAGGACUUGCUUACAUGGUCCAGCUCAAGGGCACUGCUGGACAGUAUCUAUAGCGCCCCCUGGGUAUGGUCUGAAGCUAAGUAGGCCUGCCCAGGAUCUGGGUGGAUGACCACUUGGAAAACACAUUCAUGCUGCUUUGAGUUCCAUGAUGGAAGAAAGGCAAAACAUAAAUAUCAGCAAAUUUAUAUAUGCAGUUGAAUACAGGUCUGUGUCUUAGAAAUACCUGGCAAUGCUUAACAAGAAUGAUUUUCAUGAAGUAUAUUAGCCUUAAGGUAGGAGAGGGGACUGUAAUCUUCAUUUUUUUUGUCAUUUUUCUCUUUUCCUAGUAUGUUUCAUGAUACCUCUGGGAAGGUUUGCUUGCUGAUCCACAAUGUAAAUAAGAAAGAUGCUGGUUGGUACACAGUAUCUGCUGUCAACGAGGCAGGAGUGGCAACAUGCCAUGCCAGAUUGGACGUGGCUAGUAAGUACUUCUUCAUUUUUCUUCUUUUACAUAUGUGAAUGUUGAUGCUACACUCCCCCCCCCAAUAGGCCUGCACAGUUAGGUGAACCCAGGCCAAUUGAAAUGAGCAUGUUUUAGUUAGGCCUAACUUUGCAUACAGUUGGACUGAAGAUGUGAAAGAUGGAAGGUAUUGAUGCACCGAGUAUAUGAACAUGUCUAAUUGGCAUGAUUGCCUAAACUCCCUUUAUGUGUCUUGCAUGUAGCACAGAUGAUCAUCCCUUUUGAUGUAGCAAGCUGAAAUGGGGCGACUUACUUGAUUGGUCUGUAUCCCACUUUUUAAACAAAGUAAUCUGAAUUAUUUCUCUUUGCUUUCUAAAAUCUAUUUCAGCUCACACAUACAAGCCAGUUCCAAACCCUAAACCACUGAAGGUUCGACCAACUUUUAGCAAAUACUUGGCACUCAAUGGUAAAGGUCUAGAUGUGAAACAAGCUUUCUUCCCGGAUGAAGGAGAGUUUCAGCGUAUGGCAGCACAGUCUGGACUCUAUGAGAGCGAUGAACUUUAACUGGCAACAGGGAAGAAACUUUCACUCCUGCAACAGACGUUUAUGAACAGCACAUGCAAUUAAGGGGUUAUUGAGCUGAUAAGCAAACAUACCUAAUAUAUUUUUAUUUAUUAUUUAACUCCUGCUCUUAGUUCUGCUGUUGUGAUUAUACUAAGUCUGAUUUUUAUAAAUGUGUGUGACUGUAGCAAGAAGGAGAUCCAAAUGUUUGUAUUUUUAAUUUUAAAGGCCAAGAAACAAGGCCAGUGGAUGAUCAUGAAAGUGUAGAUGGUUUGAAUGCAUCUAGAUUCAGUCACAAUAUUUUUAUUUGUACUGCUUUGUUAAUACCAUGCCCCAUAGUAUUAUAAUUUUCUGCUGCCUGGCUAUUAAACAUAACUUGAGUGCUUUUAAUGAAAGUUUUAUGUCUGAUGCAAAUAAAAUUUUAAAUAUAAGACUUGUCAUGUGCUUUAUCCUUA